GUGGCAUUAAGGCAGGCACCUCCCCCCCGAGGGAUUGGCUUAAGGCAAUUCACAGCCCUUUGGCUUAUUCCUGAGUCUGGGGGCUUUCAGGAAUGCUGAGCGAUGAGUCCGGUGGCAAUUCUUUACUACUGAUCUGGGGCCUAUUCUUGCCCUCGCCGGACAGCUUGGAUUCCCCCCCCUCCCCCUUCCAGCCAGCAAUAACAGCAGCAGCAGAAGCCUCUUCGGACAAGCCUGGGGGAUUUUGCUGAGCCAAUUUAAAGGCUGGUGGCUCAGGCCGUUUUCUAAAACUCAUUAGCCGUCAAGCUCUCUGAGCAAGUUUCGCUUCUUCUUGAAACCUCUUUGGGCUUUGUUUUCAGGCGGUGCUAAGCAAGGAGAUCCUCUCAGCAGCAGGAGGAAAAUAUCAUCUUUUUAAAGAAAAGGCACAAAGGCUGUAAGGACUGAGUUGUGCUGUGUAACCCAAGCAAUAGCCCCAGCAUCACCAAUGCCUCUGGUACGAUCGCUCUCCGUCACCUCUCUCAAUGGGCUUCCUCAGUGGGAAGACGAAGAUCUCCCAGUGGAGGAUUUAUUACUCUUCGAAGUGGCUUGGGAAGUGACUAAUAAAGGUUUGUACUCCUCCUCUUCUUCUUCAUCUGCCUGUGAGCUACAGGUAGUAUUUUACUUCUGGUUGCCUUAGUGUUGGAAUCCGGGGAGGUAGAAUUGGGGUUCCAAUCUUUAUUUGCUUGUCUUUAAAAAGUGUUCCAGACCUCAUUGUUACCUAUCCAAAGAUGGACAAUAUAGUAUCACGAAACCAUGAAAAUUAAACCCAAACUGCCAAAUAUAAUGCAUAAAUCAACAAGAGCGUUUCAAACACCGUAGUUAAAAACACAGCGCAGCAGAGCAGAAACCUUUCAGAUUCCAGCUUGAAGCCUCAUCCUCAUAUGCUUUUAAUUAAGGUAUUGGAGAAACAAAGUUUAUAUAUUCUGGGCUGAAGCUGCAACCCUACAUGUUGGAGAAACACAGUUAAAAUAUUAAUUAACAUUUUUAUUCAUUAAGAACUGGAGAAACCAAAGGUUAUUUUAAGAGUAGUCCAUCCUUUCGUAAAGAUAAGGAGUCAAGGAACAGGUGUGCAUUUUUUUGCAGGAAGCGUGGCAUGAGAUGGGCACAUGUAACUAAUGGUACAUGGUGCCCACUGUGAAUCGCUAUGUGUUGCAGUUUUUGCAAACAGGUUAGAGCUUUAACCCGCUUGAACAUUCUCACUCAAUCCAUGGGAUUCUCAGCAGAAAUAUAUUUCGUUCAUUCCCAGAGUGUAGCUGAGCUGGUGAAUUUUGAACAAAUUGGAGUGCAAAUUUGAAAUCACCACCAUUUAAAAAGAAAAGAAAAGAAAGAAACUGAGAACAUUGCAAGCCCCUUCCCUGAAAUUUUACCUUCUAGAUGUUUGGGGACAUACCUUGAAACAAUUUCCCAUCUUGGUGAUCCAUUUUCAAGUAAUAAGUAUUGAAUGCAUUACUUUAGUGUUUAUUCCCUUCCUUCACUUAUAUGAAAAGGAACCACAUUGCCCAUGAUUGGGAAGACUAAAAAACAUUCAAAUCUGGUGAAUAUUUUACUGAGGCCCCUGCCCUCCUACAUUCCCCAAUUUUGUGUCAAUUCUAGCACAAAGGUAACUUUCUACUCUACUUGUGUGGGUUGCUAGAAUUUGGAAACAGGUUCAGAUGCUGGUGGCUUUUGAUUCUGUUAAGAUCUGCUAUUAACAUAGAAGUACCGUAUUUUUCGCUCUAUAAGACGCACCAGACCAUAAGAUGCACCUAGUUUUUGGAGGAGCAAAACAAGAAAAAAAAAAUCUGAAUCUCAGAAGCCAGAACAGCAAGAGGGAUCGCUGCGCAGUGAAAGCAGCAAUCCCUCUUGCUGUUCUGGCUUCUGUGAUAGCUGUGCAGCCUGCAUUUGCUCCAUAAGACGCACACAUUUCCCCUUACUUUUUAGGAGGGAAAAAGUGAGUCUUAUAGAGCAAAAAAUACAGUAUAUGUCUGUUAGGAGUCUGACUGCACUUAUUUUGUCCUCCUAAAUUUAUUUGGCUAGAUUUCCACUGUUAACACGAUUGCUUUCACUGUGUCGCCACAUUAAGACACUUACCUAUUUGCAUCCAUUAAUCCAUGUCUGCAUUUCAGAGUUGGAGUGAUUGUUGAAUUUGAAAUGGUGGGGAGAACCAGUUCAGACAACCAUUUGUUAUGCAGCAAGGUCCGCUUCAGGGUGACUUUUCAGUUAAAACUUUGGCACGGCAAGUAGGGAUGGGGGAAGAAAUCCAAUUUGGGUUGCGUUUAAAGGUGAACCUCCCCGAUUUGCACGUUCCAAAACACUACAAAAAAACUGAAGCCUGAUGAUCCUUAGACAUUUGCACUUCUUAUUUGUAAUCUGUAAUGUGAACAAAAGGAGCUUGUGCAGAAAAAUAAUAAUGUAUAUAUUCGUGAACACAGUAUAUAAAAAUGCAUUAUAUUAGGGGGAAUUGCUUUGCAGAAAUGUGUAAAUGGCAUACAAAAAUGUGUCUCUUAGGAGCGAAAUCACACUAAAAUGGCAAUGAAUUUUCGUGAGGAUUUUUUGGGGGGUGAAAUGGGAUGUGGGAAUGUGGAGAACAGAAGAGUGGGGAAAUGAGAAACUGAGAGGAACCGAAAUUGACAGGUAUGCCCAUCAAUCGUGGCAAGCGGGUCUUUGGAAUUGCCAUAUAUAGGAACUCUCUGUGACUCACCAUAUUUCAAAGGUUUUCAGAGAAGCAAUGAUCCACAAUUCUGACAUGUGCUAGAGAAUUUGCAUAGCAACCUAACCAAAAAUUCAGCGUAAGCCUUUACUAUGAUAAGAAAAAGAUGUGCAAUUUGUGCCCUUCGAAUAGUUGCAUGGCGGAUGCUAGGCUUAAAAACGAUGUUCUCUUGAAGCAUUUCCCUUCUUUCUGAAGGAUAAAAGUAGCUUCUCCCAAUCUUGCCAUCAUCUACAAUUCUGCUUUGCCACUUAAUCUCAUUUUUCUUGGAUGCUUAGAAUUAGAAGUGAAACAAAUUUAUUCCCCCAAUUCCCCCCCCCCGAUUUCUCCUGUUUCCCAAAAUGUUUUGUGCCGCUAAUCCUCCAAAUUUUCCCUGAAUAUUUCACAUUUUGGGGCAUAUCAUUUGAUAUCUAUAGUAUUUGGCAUUGUAUUUUACUUCAAAAAUUGAGAACAUUGGAGAACAGUCAUAUAGCAUCUGACAGAUGACAUGCAACUGUAUUUAAUAUUUCACCACAGAUGGCAAGGGAGCUGUAUGCAAUACAACCACAAGGAUUUGAAUUUAUAAACUCCAAACUCAGAAGUGUUGGCGAGCUUAGAAUAUUCGCAAAUGAUAAUUUCAGCACUAGUUUGAAUGGGUUUGGCCUCCGGGUUGCUAAUGGGUGAUGAAGGGUAAGUUUGAAGGGCUUGUUUUUGCUUCAGCCUUUGAGUGAAUCAAACCUGGUUUUGCAUCCUAGAGAGACACCCAAAUUAUAUCACACUCGAGACACGCAAGCUGAAUUUUGCAUCGACUCAGUACAAUUGUGUUGCCUCUGUCUUUUUUCCUGGUGGAGACCUGUGUUCUUUUUUAAAAUGUAACGGAUGCUACUAGGAGCCAUUCUGGUGCAGUGCUCUGGGCAGAGACCCGAGUUCAAAUCCGUGCUGCGACACAAAAGCGUAAUAGGUAAACCCUGGGCUGUGAGAAUAAAUGAUGGGCUCCGUGGGCAUUUCCUCCAGCUCCUUAGAAAAGUUAUAAAGAAAUGUGCUCUUUAUGAUGUAGCUGCAUGUUUCAAAGGCCAGGGCAUUGUUUGUAUUCCACAAAACAUGCAGAGCCCAGCUGGGGAACGACCCCCCCAAUGCCAUAGUGUAAAUGAGUUACAAUGAGUAAAUGAUUGACCUCCCCUCUCAUCCUCUGUGUGUGGCUAAAGGUAAAGAUUUCAGCUGAGAGAGUCGUUUGUAAAAACUGAAAUCUUAACCCGCAGGAGGACAAAUAUUAGGCUGGUCUCUGAAAACACAUUGUCGAGGGUUGAAAUUCUUCUCAGUAGUACUGGAGACCGAAAAACAACAUGAAAACGUAUUGGGGACUUACGAUGCUCUUUGUGAUCAUAGAAUCAUUGAACUGUAGAAUUCAUCUCAUCCAACCCCCUGAAAUGCAGGAAUAUAAGUGUUAAUAUAUAGAUAAUAAGUGGCAAUAUAUAUAGGUUGAGCAGGAAACGAUCAAGCACACUUGAUAGUAGUGCAGUAAGGCUGAAAUUUACACUCAUUUAAAUUGUGCUCAUUCAGCUUUACGUACAGUGGUACCUCGGGUUAAGUACUUAAUUCAUUCUGGAGGUCUGUUCUUAACCUGAAACUGUUCUUAACCUGAAGCACCACUUUAGCUAAUGGGGCCUCCUGCUGCUGCCGCACCGCCAGAGCACGAUUUCUGUUCUCAUCCUGAAGCAAAGUUCUUAACCUGAGGUAAUAUUUCUGGGUUAGUGGAGUCUGUAACCUGAAGCGUCUGUAACCCAAGGUACCACUGUACUUGGUGAAACAUAAGUUUUAAAAAGUCAAAGGGGGUGGAAAGGGGCAGGCAUCUGUGGGGGGAAGACAUUAGCAAUCUCACCUGCCAUUGCACCCAAUGUGUUUUGAGUAUAGGCAAUUUUCGCUUCAGGCGUGAUCCCCGCAACGUGACCGCUGAGCAAGUUGCGGGCUUACUGUGCAUACUGUAUGUUGAGCAAAAGCAACAAGAAUUAGCCAUGUAUAUAAGGAAAAAAUGAGAGGUUUGACUUACCCAUGUUAUACGUAGGAGAAGAGGAACAGAAUUUGUUUACUUGGGGCCUGCCAAAGGUGUUCAGGAAUUAGUGGGUGUGCCAUCGCUAUGAACUGCGCUAUUGGCAUAGACAUGUUUGCCACGAAUGCUUGGGAUCAAGCUUCCUUGAUGGUGGAAUUUGGGGUUUUCCUUUUAAACUUGCCAUAAAUGAGAAGCCUUUAGUCUGGGUGUCUCCCAUUAAAUCACAGAGCUGGAUGCGGCUUGUGGGUAUGUUAUAGAAGCUGCAAUGAGGCACUAUAAAAUGCUGGUGAAUUUUCAUGAGGACUUGCUUUUUUUAAGUGAUGCAUAAUUUAGGAGAACUGAAAGGUGGGGGACAGCUCUCCUAACUUCUGCAUCACUUUUUUUUUAAAAGCAAGUCCUCAUGAAAAUCCAUCAGCAUUUUAUAGUGUGGAGUUCUCCUAAAUCGCACAUCUUUGUAUUCAACUUUUACCCUAGAUGCACAUCUUUGUGAAGCAAUUUUUCCUUACACGAUGCAUUUUUGCACGCUGUUUUCACCAAUCUGUGCAUUUCUUUCUGCACACUUUACCCUAGUAUAUCCAUUUUUGUGCCUGUUACUUCCUCAGCAAUUUGACUUCACCCUGGAGGCAUACUCCAUUGUCUCACAUUUAAAGGAGAACGUACCCAAUUCACUCUUUCCAGAACAAUUCGCAACCAAAAUACAUCCUUGGAAAUUCAGUUUUCUGAAUUUUGCUGUGCGGUUCCUCAGCCAAGUAAUGUGCACCAAAAAAAGACAUAGAUUGUGGUAAAGUGUGCAUUAAAAUGUAUAUAACUAAUGAAGAUGACAUCCAAAAGUGUGUUGUGUUGGGGAAAAUCUGCUUUGUAUUUUUAUCAUGGCCUUUUAGCCAAGAAGGCUUUCAGAGUGGCUUGCAAAAAUCACUUCUGCAGGCUCACCUGCAGACACAGCACAUGAGGAAAAAAGCAACAGGAGGGAGGAGGACAAAGCAAGCUCACAUUCAUAACGUUACACUUGCUUAAUGCUACGCUGAUGUCCUUGGUGAUUCUGACUGCCCUAAUCAACAACAUUCCCCCUGUCCCAAGGCCAAUACAAUAAUAUUUACUUUAAAAGGUGCCUACCCACCAAUUUCCAAAUGCCGUGAACCACAAAUAGAGGGGCAGAAGUGGCUUUGCAGGGAUAAGUUUCAAGAAACAGGAACUAUUGCUUUGGAAAGAAUAAGGGCAGCUGAGGCUCGUGAGAUUCCUUCCCAGUCUCAUUUCUGGGCAUUCCACGUGCUAGGAUGACCAAGGCUGGUUUUAUCAUCUUAGGGAUGCUGAGCUCUGGGGCUGCAUUUGGAUUACUAUCUCCGGCUGGGCACAUGGGCUAUAUAAGAUGACAGACGCUGAUCCACCAGGCACAGCGGGUGUGGAAUGCGUCAGCAGAAAAAUCAUGGCGAGAGGAGCAAGGAGACGUAACUGUUUGCCUGACCUGCUCUGCAUUGCCGCGUGCCAGGCUUUGGGAGGGCGGUGGUUUAAAUCAUCUCGCUUCAUGAUAUCCGUGGAUGUUAGCUGUGGUUAAGGGGCACUUGUGUUGUUUAGUCGUUUAGUCGUGUCCGACUCUUCGUGACCCCAUGGACCAGAGCACGCCAGGCACUCCUGUCUUCCACUGCCUCCCGCAGUUUGGUCAAACUCAUGUUCGUAGCGUCGAGAACACUGUCCAACCAUCUCAUCCUCUGUCGUCCCUUCUUCUUGUGCCCUCAAUCUUUCCCAACAUCAGGGUCUUUUCCAGGGAGUCUUCUUUCCUCAUGAGGUGGCCAAAGUAUUGGAGCCACAGCUUCACGAUCUGUCCUUCCAGUGAGCACUCAGGGCUGAUAUCCUUAAGAAUGGAUAGGUUUGAUCUUCUUGCAGUCCAUGGGACUCUCAAGAGUCUCCUCCAGCACCAUAAUUCAAAAGCAUCAAUUCUUCGGCGAUCAGCCUUCUUUAUGGUCCAGCUCUCACUUCCAUACAUCACUACUGGGAAAACCAUAGCUUUAACUAUACGGACCUUUGUUGGCAAGAUGAUGUCUCUGCUUUUUAAGAUGCUGUCUAGGUUUGUCAUUGCUUCAUGGAGGUAGACCACUGGAAAUGAGCUGCCCUGCUCAUUAGGCCUGACACUUAGCCAAGUCUGUGGAGGUUAUGUUUAGCUAACUUCAUCUUUGAACUGUGUGAUUACUGGCUGGUACAUUACUGUGUGAUUACUGGCUGGUGCAAUAGAAUGGCUGGGGCAGGUUUCACAGGGGGGAAUGUAUUGGGACACCCGAUCUCAGUGAUCAUGGGCAGGAGGAGGAGUUACGCUAAGACCAGACCAUGUCAUUACCGUGGAGGCAGGUUUAGUCGUUAUUUGAGGACUAUCCCUGCCUCCAGGUCUGGUCCUGACCAGAAGGAUACUGGAAUCAGCAAGGGAAACCCACAUGACCUGAAAGUGUUGCUGUGCAAUGCCAGGUCAAUAAUGAAUAAAACCACUGCCAUCCACGACCUGAUUGUGGAUGGAGGAUUUGACCUGGCAUGUGUGACAGAGACCUGGUUGGAUGAAGCAGAUGGGCCUGUCCUUGCCGCUGCUUGCCUACCGGGUUUUUCUUACGCACAGCAACCCAGGUCAUGUGGGCGGGGAGGGGGGGUUGCAGUGAUUUUUAGGAAGUCAUUAGUCUGCACCAGGCGUCCUAUUGGGAAGACCCAGUUCUCUGAGUGCAUGUUCUGGAAGUUGGGCAAUAGGGGCAGUACAGGAUUCCUAUUGGUGUACCGACCUCCCCGCUGCACCAAGGAUUCCCUGCCCGAGCUGCUUCAGGUCGUGGCGGAUAUGCUCCUGGAGACACCUAGCUUGGUUGUCAUGGGGGAUUUUAACAUCCAUGCCGACACAACCUUACAAGGGGCCACUCGGGACUUCGUGGAAAGCAUGGCCUCCAUGGGGCUGUCCCUGAAUAAGUUUGGCCCAACUCAUAGCCGCGGACAUGCCUUAGACUUGGUGUUUACCUCUACGGAUGUUGGUGAUCUGAUAUUAACUAAAAGCGAAACAAAAGAAGUGCCAUGGUCAGAUCACUUCCUGGUGCAACUGGACUUCUCCGCGACCCUUCCCCUCUGCAGGGAGGUGGGAUCGAUUCGGAUGGUCUGCCCCCGCCACUUAAUGGAUCCAGUUGGCUUCCAGAGAGUGGUAGGGGAUGUUUUAUCCCAAGUUGAUGGCCUUUCAGCUGAUUCCCUGGUGGCCCGCUGGAAUGCGGAGUUAACCAGGGCUAUUGACUGUCUGGCUCCGAAGCACCCACUCCGAUUGCAUGGAGCCCGGACAGCCCCGUGGUUUUCCCCGGAGCUGAGGGCGAUGAAACAAUCGUUGAGACGGCUAGAGAGCCGGUGGUGGAAAACUCAUUCUGAAUCAGACUGGACACGGGCUAGAGCUCAACGUCGAGCCUACCAAGUGGCAAUGGCAACGGCAAAUAGGGCCUUCUUCGCCGCGUCCAUUGCAUCUGCAGAAAACAGCAGCAGGAGACUUUUUCAGGUGGUUCGCAAUCUAUCGGAACCACCUGCACCACUUGGGCCUGGUAGGGACCCCAAGAUCUCCUGCAAUGCUUUUGCAAAGUUUUUUGCAGAUAAAGUCGCUCAGAUUCAGAAGGAGGUAGACUCCACCGUGGGAGCAGAGCCAGGGCGGGAGAGUGCUAGAGUUCUGUCUAGUCCUGUUGUUGUUUUAGUCGUUUAGUCGUGUCCGACUCUUCGUGACCCCAUGGACUAGAGCACGCCAGGCACUCCUGUCUUCCACUGCCUCCCGCAGUUUGGUCAAACUCAUGCUGGUAGCUUCGAGAACACUAUCCAGCCAUCUCGUCCUCUGUCGUCCCCUUCUCCUUGUGCCCUCCAUCUUUCCCAACAUCAGGGUCUUUUCCAGGGAGUCUUCUCUUCUCAUGAGGUGGCCAAAGUAUUGCAGCCUCAGCUUCAGGAUCUGUCCUUCUAGUGACCACUCAGGGCUGAUUUCCAGAAGAAUGGAUACGUUUGAUCUUCUUGCUGUCCAUGGGACUCUCAAGAGUCUCCUCCAGCACCAUAAUUCAAAAGCAUCAAUUCUUCGGUGAUCAGCCUUCCUUAUGGUCCAGCUCUCACUUCCAUACAUCACUACUGGGAAAACCAUAGCUUUUACUAUACGGACCUUUAUUGGCAAGGUGACGUCUCUGCUUUUUACAUGGGAUCAAUUCCAAUCUGUUACCUCCGAGGAUGUGGACAGGCUGCUUGGACAAGAGAAACCAACCACCUAUCUCCUUGAUCCUUGCCCAUCGUGGCUGAUAAAAGCGAGCCGGGAAGGGCUGGGUGAUGGGCUCUGCGGGGUGGUGAAUGCUUCCCUCUGUGAGGGAGCCUUCCCAGACCAGCUGGCGGUCAUUAAACCGCUUCUUAAAAAAACAUCUUUAGACCCAGCCAAUUUGGCCAACUAUCGCCCAGUCUCAAAUUUACCAUUCUUGGGCAAGGUGAUUGAGCGGGUGGUUGCCAAACAACGCCAACCCCACCUGGAGGAUGCGGACCAUUUGCAUCCCUUCCAAUCGGGAUUCAGGCCUCACCAUGGGACUGAAACUGCCUUGGUCGCGCUGGUUGAUGAUCUCUGGCGGGCUAGGGACAAAGGUGAGAGCUGUUUCCUAGUUCUGCUGGAUCUCUCAGCGGCCUUUGAUACCUUGACACCAUCGACCAUUACAUCCUUCUGGACCGUCUAGAGGGGCUGGGAGCUGGGGGCACUGUUAUACGGUGGUUCUGCUCCUUUCUCCUGGGCCGUGUCCAGAAAGUGGUGGUGGUUGAAUGAGUGUUCAGACCCCUGGGCUCUCACUUGUGGGGUGCCUCAGGGUUCCGUCCUCUCCCCCAUGCUUUUUAAUAUCUAUAUGAAGCCGCUGGGAGAGAUCAUCAGGGGGUUUGGACUGGGUGUUCAUCAGCAUGCAGAUGACACCCAGCUCUACCUCUCCUUUAAAUCAGAACCAGUGAAGGCGGUGAAAGUCCUGUGUGAGUGCCUGGAGGUGGUUGGAGGAUGGAUGGCGGCUAACAGAUUGAGGUUGAAUCCUGACAAGACAGAAGUACUGUUUUUGGGGGACAGGGGGCAGGCGGGUGUGGGGGAUUCCCUGGUCCUGAAUGGGGUAACUGUGCCCCUGAAGGACCAGGUGCGCAGCCUGGGAGUCAUUUUGGACUCACAGCUGUCCAUGGAGGCACAGGUUAAUUCUGUGUCCAGGACAGCUGUCUACCAGCUCCACCUGGUACGCAGGCUAAGACCCUACCUGCCCACAGACUGUCUUGCCAGAGUGGUGCACGCUCUGGUUAUCUCCCGCUUGGACUACUGCAACACGCUCUACGUGGGGCUACUUUUGAAGGUGACCCAGAAACUGCAAUUAAUCCAGAAUGCGGCAGCUGGACUGGUGACUGGGAGUGGCCGCCGGGACCACAUAACACUGGUUCUGAGAGAUCUGCAUUGGCUCCCAGUACGUUUCCGAGCACAAUUCAAAGUGUUGGUGCUGACCUUUAAAGCCCUAAACAGCCUCGGUCCUGUAUACCUAAAGGAGCAUCUCCACCCCCAUCGUUCAGCCCGGACACUGAGAUCCAGUGCCGAGGGCCUUCUGGCGGUUCCCUCAUUGCGAGAAGUAAGGUUACAGGGAACCAGACAGAGGGCCUUCUCGGUAGUGGUGCCUGCCCUGUGGAACGCCCUCCCAGCAGAUGUCAAGGCAAUAAACAACUUUUAAAAGACAACUGAAGGUAGCCCUCUUUAGGGAAGUUUUUAAUGUCUGAUGCUGUACUGUUUUUAAUAUUCAGUUGGAAGCCGCCCAGAGUGGCUGGGGAAAUUAUUAUUAUUAUUAUUAUUAUUCCUACGACAAUUGCUUUGCUGGAGAACUGCAUUGCCAAACUCACGAGUAGUGUGAAUUUAAAGGAUAUCCAUCUUUUAGCUGACAUAUAGUUUUGGAAUGUGCGAAUUUGGUAGCUUCGACUUUAAAUGCAAAUUGAAUUGAAUUUCUCCCCUGUCCCUACAUGCUGUGCCCAAGUUUAAACUGGAAAGUCACCCCCCAGGCAGACCUGGGCACAUAAUACAUGGUUGUCUGGACUGGUUCUCCCAACGAUUGCAAAUGGAAUCAUCAUUCCAACUCUGGAGGAAGGGAUUAGUCGGUGCAAAUAGGAUGUGAAAGCAAUAGUGUUAACAAAGGAAAUCUGGCCAGAUAUAAUUAGGACAAUGUAAGUAUAGUCUCACCCAUAACAGGCCGCUUAGACCUGCGGGAGGUGAAUGUGAGGGCUACUCCUUUCAGAACAUAAAACUAUAUAAUUGUAGAAUUGGAAGGGACCUUGAGGGUCAUCUAGUCCAACCCCCUGCAAUGCAGGAAUCUCAGCUCAAGCAUCCAGGACAGAUGGCCAUCCAACCAAUAUAAGCUUUGUUUCUCCUCUCACAGUUGGUGGCAUCUACACCGUGAUCCAGACGAAAGCCAAAAUCACGUUGGACGAAUGGGGGGAAAACUACUUCCUCAUCGGCCCUUAUUUUGAGCACAAUGUGAAGACCCAGGUGGAAGUCUGCGAACCUCCCAACGGAGCCGUGAAAAAGGCAAUGGAAUCCAUGAGGACCAGCGGGUGCCAGGUAAGCGGGAUUUCUCUCCUUUUGUUUCCUGAGGCAACUAAGCUGACUCACUCGGAGAUUAGCUGGUUCCACUAAUGCUCUUGUCUUUCUGCCUGACAUACUGGUCUCGGUCAAAGUCGAUUCAUUCCAGGUUAUUUUUGAGAAAGGGACCCGUUUAUCCAAUUACACGUUUUAAGAGUGCAUUUAUCUGGAAGUCUGCUUAAUGGGAUUUCGGCCUUUGGCUUUCCAGUCCCCAAAUAAUGCAGUCAGAUUUCUGUAGACACAAUAUGACCUUAUCUAUGCCUGGCUGGAUAAGCAUGUAAUUCUAUCUGUCUAUCAUCUAUCUAUCUAUCUAUCAUCAGUAGCUUUUUAAAUUUAAAAAUCUUCAUAGUGUAAAAUAAAUUAGAAAAGUCGAGAAGGUACAUGCAAUUUCAUUUUAAUGAUCUCUUUCAAUGAAAUUAUAAAAUGUGCUUGAUUGCAAUUAUUGCUGAAGUGUUAACGUCUUGCCUUCUAAUAAUAUUUUAAAGAGCUUAAUAUAUUAUAUGAAGUAUAAUGUAUAUUUAUGUGCGUGCGUGCAAUUUUCUCAAUAAAAAAAUUUAAAGGUACGUUUUUAACUAUGCAAUCUAAGAAAGAUAUCAUUGGAAGUCGUGAGGCAGAAGGAGGUAUGCAAACGUAAUGGAUAAAUAAAUUGUUAAACCGAGCAGGGAAGGUUGGGCUGGAAUUACUUGCCGUUGUUCACCACCCAGUAAACUUCGUGGCUCAGCCUUAGUGUGAACAGUAAGCCAUUACAGACAAAGCGAGUUUAUUCAAUCCACAUAAAUAAAUGUGAGGGCCUCUCACACUGCAGGAGAGUUGCAAAAGCAGUGUGUUAACCCAGGGGAGUGGCCAGGCAUUGUACGGCUGCCUUUUGUGAUUGUGUAAUCGUGGCAAAGGGAUCGAAGUGUAGACCUGAAAUUUGUUCCAGUGUGGUGCUUGUUUUGCUCAUAUGAGCCAAAUUUCUAAGGAGCAUAGUUCCCAAAGGCAUGUUUUUAUGGCUGCGCCAAUGGUGUUUUGCAAUCCUUUGAGGGCUGAGUUGAGCAUUCGUAUGGCAGUUGCUGCAUCCAUGCUGUUCGUGGGCAGCGUUCCACUGAUCAGUAAUGACCUAUUGCAAACCAGGGGCUAAUUCUAACAGGACAGCAUAUAGCUCAGCAGUAGAGAGUACAUACUUCGGGAUGCAUUAAAAAAAACUCCAAUUCAACCCCCUUUUUCUCCAGGGAAAAGGCAUCAAGGAAACAAGCCUAAUACAAAGGAGAGCCAGUGUGACUUAGUGGUUAGUGUGCUAGACUGGGGCAUGGGAGACCAGGGUUCAAAUUCCCAAUUCAGCCACGAAGCUCACUGAGCUACCACCAUGUUCACUAACUGGAGCUUCUCUCUGUUAUCUACACUAUCCCCCUGACAACUGCACACUUUCAGUGCCAAGUUAAACCCUGCAGAGGCGCCUAGGCAGUUGAAUCUUGGGGGGGGGGUGGCUUGCAAAUUAUCUCCUAAUACAUUUUGGAUUUUAGGUAAAGGUAAAGGUACCCCUGACCGUCAGGUCCAGUCGUGGCCGACUCUGGGGUUGCGCGCUCAUCUCACUUUUCUGGCCGAGGGAGCCGGCGUACAGCUUCCAGGUCAUGUGGCCGGCAUGGCUAAGCCGCUUCUGGCGAACCAGAGCGGCGCACGGAAACGCUGUUUACCUUCCCGCCAGAGCGGUACCUAUUUAUCUACUUGCACUUUGACGUGCUUUCGAACUGCUAGGUGGGCAGGAGCAGGGACCGAGCAACCGGAGCUCACCCCGUCGCAAGGAUUCAAACCGCUGACCUUCCGAUCGGCAAGUCCUAGGCUCAGUGGUUUAACCCACAGCGCCACCCGCGUCCCUUAAGAGUUUGGAUUUGAUAUCCCGCUUUAUCGCUACCCGAAGAAGUCUCAAAGCGGCUAACAUUCUCCUUUCCCUUCCUCCCCCACAACAAACACUCUGUGAGGUGAGUGGGGCUGAGAGAACCGCUGACCUUCCGAUCGGCAAGUCCUAGGCUCAGUGGUUUAGACCACAGCGCCACCCACGUCCCUAUUUUGGAUUUUACCAACCAAUAAUUUAAAUCCACCAAUUUUAUUGCACAAGAUCAAAACAAUAUUAUUUUGAUCUGCGUUUGCGGAGCCCCUAAAAGACAUGGGGCCCAUAGACUUGUGCCUACUCUGCCUAUUUAAUGGUAAUCUGGCACUGCACACUUUCUUUUUAUUUUACAUUUAUGUGCCAACAUGGUGGGUUAACCCUAACAUUUAUUUCUCCCUUUUAUCAGGUGUAUUUUGGCAGGUGGCUGAUAGAAGGGAGUCCGUAUGUGGUGCUGUUUGAUAUAGGAUCAGCGGCUUGGAAUUUGGACAGGUGGAAAGGGGAGUUCUGGGACGCCAGCCAAAUUGGAAUUCCUUACCACGACCGAGAAGCGAAUGAUGUGCUUAUCUUUGGGUCGCUAACUGCCUGGUUCUUCAAAGAGGUACUGUACUAAGGUUCGCACAUUGCACCAUGUACAUCAUAUGCCAAUAAUAAUAAUAAUAAUAAUAAUAAUAAUAAUAAUAAUUUAUUAUUUAUACCCUGACCAUCUGGCUGGGUUUCCCCAGCCACUCUGGGCGGCUUCUAACAAAAUAUUAAAAUACUGUGGUCUGUUACACAUUAAAAGCUUCCCUAAACAGGGCUGCCUUCAGAUGUCUUCUAAAAGUCUGGUAGUUGUUCUUCUCUUUGACAUCUGGUGGGAGGGCGUUCCACAGGGUGGGUGCCACUACCAAGAAGGCCCUUGGCUUCUUGCAGUGAGGGAACCGCCAGAAGGCCCUCAGAGCUGGACCUCAAUGUCCGGGCAGAAUGAUGGGAGUGGAGAUGCUCCUUCAUUCAGAUUUGUAGGUGUUGGAAACAUACGUCUCCAACAAAAUGUCAGGCUUCAGUGUUGCAUCCAACUAAGUUAUACUCAAAUUAGACCCAGUGAAAUUCAGGAACCUAAAUUAGCCUUGCCCAUUCAUUUUAAUGGGUCUCCUCUAAGUAUGUCUAGUAUUUGAUACAACCCCAUUACUUUGAAGUACAGUCGUACCUCGGAAGUCGAACGUCUUGCGAGAUGAACGUUUUAGCUCCUGAAUGCUGCAAACCCGGAAGUGAGAGUUCUGGUUUGCAAACGUUCUUUGGAACCCAAAUAUCCAUCACGGCUUCUGCGGCUUCUGAUUGGCUGCAGGAGCUUCCUGCAGCCAAUCAGAAGCCACGCUUUGGUUCCUGAUCGUUUUGGAUGUUGAACGGACUUCCAGAACGGAUUCUGUUUGACUUCCAAGGUAUGACUGUAAUCACAUAGCUCUCCUUCGUGACUUUAAUAAAACAGGUGUGCUUUUGAAUGUCCUUCAUUCUUUAAACAUGGCUCAAAUACCACUUUACUUUCUAUCUCUUUCCAGCUCUCCGAUCAAUUUGAAGACAAGCCCAACAUCAUUGCCCACUUCCAUGAAUGGCAAGCAGGGCCUGGUCUGAUCCUCUGUAGAUCCAGGAAGAUCCCAGUCGCAACCAUUUUCACAACUCAUGCAACCUUGCUGGGAAGGUACCUGUGUGCAGCGAGUAUAGAUUUCUACAACCACCUGGACCAGGUAAGGAAGAUAACAUUGUCUUGCAUUCCCUUCUGACCACAAGUCACUGUUGGUUUUGCCAGCUGUCUUAGGGUGGAAGUUACCUGAUCAUGGGGCCUAGAACAACACCCUCAUAAGCCAAGGUUACAUUAUAUUAUUACUAUGGCAAAGCAACAUCCAAAACCUUAAUUAAUCGUAUUAUAAAAUCUUCUGUCCCUGUACCAAAUUAGCAUUAGCACUUCACACUGAAUAUUUUCCAAAGCUAUGACUCAGUUCCGGUAACCACUCUAUGGAAUCUACUGUCUCUGUAAUUUCCUUCCCCAAACUCUUUAGAUUGUCAACUUGUAUGUUAAAGUUCCAGUUUUUGCAUUUCCAUUCCUCUCAAGUUGGUAGAUAAUUUUUCUGCUGACUGCCUAUCAUUAUUGAACAUAGAACUGCAUAUAUCAUAGCAAGGCAAUGAUAGGUAACUGUCCCAUAUGCCACAAUUCAUUUGGUAGGCAAAAAAAAAAAAAAAAGCACAUUUCUGUUAUUUUUGUACUGCAUCAGUAAAUAUUUUAAUAGUUCCACAAACUCUUUUGUAUCUCCAACACUGGUUGACUUUCUCUGUGAAGACCAAAAAGCAAGUCUCCUUUCUAUUUAAAAGAGGGACAGCUUUACCUGUGAUGAGGCUGUAUUUUAAUAUUUUAAUGUUUCAAUAUUUUAAUGUUGUAUUUUAAUCUUGUUUUAAAGUUGUAUUCAUUCAAUUUGUUUUUAUUAUUGUUUGUUAGCUGCCCUGAGCCUGGCCUUGGCUGGGGAGGGCAGGGUAUAAAUAAAAAUUAUUAUUAUUAUUAUUAUUAUUAUUAUUACCAUUAUGCAAAGCGAAGCUGCUGCCCAUCUAGUAGAGGGUGGUUGUUUUUUUUAGGAGUAGCAGAAAGGUUUUGGAGGACAGUGUGCCAAACAGCCUGCCUUGCACACCCUAAGCUUGCUUUUUCCCAUGCCAGAUGGUGGAGUCUGCUACUCUGUCACCAGUAUUGCAAUAAGAUUCAAUUUUCCUUCGGCACAUGAAAUUGCAGAGGAUGUCAUUUUGUGUUUGCCUAUCUUGGAUAGAAAACUCUGUUAGGAUAGAAAAAUCAGUUGCAUCUCUGCAUCAGGAGCUGUAGUGGCAGUAGCACAGCUCUGGGGAAAACAAUUCCAGGGCUUAUUUCAAAGCAGGAGAGUUUAUGGGGUGCCAGAGUUGUCAGAUCUCCCUUGCUCUGGGUAGUGAAAUGAGGUGUCAUUCAGGUUUUCUUGCAACAGAUUAGUUCAGAGGAAGUGAGGGAAUGAGGGAAAUUAGCAAGGAGAGUCUGGGUCCUUCUUUCCUUUUCUUUGACGGGGUUCCUGCUUCAGACUAGCAAUUUAAUGGUAACAUUUCUUUGCAAGAUUGUUUGCAUUUAUAAUUAAAAGCCAAAGAUUGCAUUUCAGCUGGCUGAAGAUCUCUUGUUGAAGUUUUACCAGUUGCAUCCAUGCAGUCGGAAGAAAGCACCACUAAGUUCAGUUACUUCCAGGAAACUAUACGUAGGAUUGCAGCUAUGCUUGUCCUUAUACAUUGCGUGUAUAUACUGCUGCUCUUUGGGGUGAGGGUUACAGGGUAGAUCACAAUGAGUUACUGCACUUCAGAAAAAUCACUGCCACACCACUGAUUGGGAAUAACUAAUGGUCCAACCACAUGCAAUGCAGAAACAUGGCAGAAUUUUGCGUACCCAGGAUGCGCUGAUUUGAAAGAUGUCAGAGGAGUGUUACAUCUUAGAGGAACAGGUGUUUCUGAUUCACAGGAAGCUAUAAUUAUUUAUGCAGGUCAUUUCCCUCUAACUUGUCCUUCACCAACAUUGUGCCCUCCAGAUGUCUUGGGCCAUAGGUGCCAACUCCCUGGGUGCCGAGUGCCCACAAAAUUCCCCGUGAAGGGGCUGGGCACCCACAAAUUUCAGUACCAGGGCCAUGCACGCUGCAUGGCACCCACAGGCCCGGGCACCCACAGUCACAGGGCCAUGCUGGCACUCCUGCCUUGGACUAUAGUUCCCAUCAGCCCUAGCCAACACAGCGCUGAUGGGAGUUGUAGUCCCAAACAUCUGGAAAGAAUCAGAUUGGAGAAGCCUGCACUGACUGUGAUCUGAUGCCACACAGCUUUGGAAUAUUCAGUCUGGAGAAUUGCAAAGCCUCCAAGAAUUCCAAAUGUGCCCAAAUAUUCCAAAUAUCGUAUUUUUUGCUCUAUAAGACGCACCAGACCACAAGGCGCACCUAGUUUUUGGAGGAGGAAAACAAGAAAAAAAAAUAUUCUGAAUCUCAGAAGCCAGAACAGCAAGAGGGAUUGCAAUCCCUCUUGCUGUUCUGGCUUCUGGGAUAGCUGCGCAGCCUGCAUUCGCUCCAUAAGACUCACACACAUUUCCUCUUACUUUUUAGGAGGGAAAAAGUGAGUCUUAUAGAGCAAAAAAUAUGGUAUUAAAUGGCAUGUUAGUGAUCAAGUCAAAAGUCCUUUAACUGUGGGGGGCUAAUGGGAUUCUACAGAUUAUGGAUGGCAUCUACAUGAAUGGCUGACAUUUAAAGGGUAUUAAUACAGGAAAUGUUGCCAGUUUGAUUCUCACCCCCCCUCAUAGCUCUUCCACAGAUACUUACAGCGCACUAAAGCUCUUUCCGACAAAUGCUAACAUUUUGUAAGAGAUCAGCUGUCUUAAUGAGGGCGUCUUUGGCUGUGAAAAGGUCACUGAGGCCCAAAAGCUCAAGGAGAGGGUGGGGGUGGGAGGGUGGAAGCAGAAGGCUUGAUCUCCAAAACACUCGUGAAAAAAGACAGUGCAGAUGGGCAAGUUCGUAGGAGAUUUCCUUACCGCUGCCUCUUGGUAAAAGACCAUUAAGGUCAAAUGAGUGAUUUGUCCAUUACUAAAAGACUCCUGGUCCCCAAGGCAUGCUAGUUUGCUCUGACCUUUUUGGGGGGGAACAGACAUUUCUCGAAAGGCUGCUUCUCGAUUUCCCGCUUCUGAACUCCAGACGCGUCGCUAUGGGCCUCGCCGCUUGUCUUUUUAAAGACGUACUAGAAAGCAGGGUGUUUGAUUUGCUUAAACAAAUGCAUGCGUUCCCCAUCUGCUCUCAGAAGGGGUCAACGGAGGCAAGCUAGGAAGGUGGUGUAGCAAUCGCCAGAGUAUUUUGGUGGUGGUGGGGAGGGAGGGUCACAGGCCAAACACACUGAAAGCCUCACACAUAAGAACAGUCUGCUGGAUCAGGCCAAUUUCCCAUCUAGUCCAGCAUCCUGUUCUCACAGUUGAUCAACCAGAUGUCGCAAAAGGAAGCUGGAAUGGAGCACCAGUAGGGUUGCCAUAUUCCAAAAACCAGGACACCCUGAGAGUUAUUGAGCUUCUUUUUAGGAAGACCCCAGAACAGUUGAGCUUUCUUUAUUUUAGGAAAACCCGAAAGCUGUUGAGCUUUCUUUUAUGAAAGCGCCAAAAAAUAUAUAUGCAACUUUUCAGUUUGCUUGCCUAAGAUCCAGGACAAACUGGUAUGCCCCGCAGAGGACCUUAAGGUCCACAAAUAACAACACUUCGGAGAUCCCGAGCCUCAAGGAGGUUAGAUUGGUUUCAACUAGGGCCAGGGCCUUUUCAGCACUGGCCCCGACAUGGUGGAACACUCUGUCACAAGAGACUAGGGCCCUGUGGGACUUGACAUCUUUCCGCCGGGCCUGCAAGACAGAGCUGUUCCACCAGGCCUUUGGUUUGGACUCGGUCUGACCCUUAUGUCUUCCCACCCCUUAUGGUCUUGAUUUAUUGGCUACUUUAAAAUGAGGCUGCAUUUUAAAAUUGCAUUUUAACCUGUAUUUUAAAUUGUGUUUUUUCCCCCCUCUCUUUUCCCUCUAUUAUCUUUUUACUGUGAUUUUAUUUUAUUGGUGUUAGCCGCCCUGAGCCUGGCUGUGGCCAGGGAGGGCGGGGUAUAAAUGAAAUAUAUUAUUAUUAUUUAUUAUUAAACUGCCGCCUUCCAGGAAUUCCCCCCUAGAUAUGACUUCUGCCUUUGAAAUCCUGGUAACGUCUGGGAAAAUCCAGACAUACGGCAACUCUACAGCCCAGCAGCACUCUCCCCUUCCUGUGGCUGGUAUUCAGAAGCAUUGUUGCCUCCAGCUGUGGAGGCAAAACUGUUAAGUUGUGGGUGAACAUAUCAGACAACACAGCGAUUCUUCAAACAGCUCUUGUUUAUUCACAGGCCAGAACAGAACUGAACUGAAGGGUUCAGCCAGCCUGCUUAUAUAGAGCUCCAGUACAACGUAACUGUAACCAUUUUCUAAAACUAUCCAAUCACUGAACGUCACUUUCAAUCCCUUAUUUGCAUAUGUGGACCUGAACUAUCUACAGUAUCCCCUGCUGGCCCAGGGUGAGAACUUCAGUACAUAACAAAAACAGAGGCCCCCAUGGCUAAUAGCCUUCGAUAGCCCUCUUCUCCACGAAUUUGUCUAAUCAUCUUUCAAAGCCAUCUAGGUUUGUGUCCAUCACUGCCUCUUGUGGGAGAGUUCCAUAGUUUAACUAUGUGUUGCUUGAAGAAGUACUUCAAUUUAUCUUGACCUGGAACUCCCACCGCAAUUGGCAGAAGACUCUAUCAAAUCUUCUCCACAUGUUCAGUGAAUGUGAGGAUUCACACUGGAAACACACCUGACCUUUGGGCGGGGAGCAUGUUUCUGGGAAUGGAGUUGAGAGAUGACCUAACCUGGGGAGAAAACAGCAAAGACCUGAUGAAGAGAGCACAGCAGAGGUUAUAUUUUCUGAGAAUCCUCCGGAAAAAUAAUCUCUCAAAGGACCUGUUGAUGGCAUUUUAUCAUUGUACUGUUGAGAGUGUAUUAACUUGUGGUCUGUGUGUGUGGUUUGGGAGCUGCACGGUCAGGGGAAAAAACAAUGCUGUCCAAGGUUGUAAAGACUGUGGAGAGAAUAAUUGGGUGCACUCUUCCCACCUUGGAUCAAAUCUAUGCUUCCAGGUGCCAUAAGAAAGCUGCAGAGAUAGCACAGGAUAGUGCGCACCCCAGAAAUGAUCUCUUUCAGCUUCUGCCUUCUGGAAGAAGGUACAGGUUUAUAAAGACUAGGACUAGCCGCCUGAGAAACAGUUUCUAUCCAAAUGCGAUUUUGGUUUUAAACGCAGUGUAAGGAGUCUGCAUGGGAGUAUAUUGUAUUUAAAAAUGGGGCAUCAGAGUUUUUAGGGGGCUAACCAGGUUGGGAUAGCAGGCUUGUUGGUUUUCGAAUGUCUUAUGUAGAUUUUUUCAAUUUCAUUGUUCUGUAUGGGACAAUGACAAUAAAGAUUGUCGUAUUGUACUGUAUUGUAUAAGGUCUGAACAAAGGGACCUACCCACACAUAGCUGCUGGUGCACAGGUGUCCUAAAGCCAGCGUUCUUCCAACUUGAUUCCCCAGAUGUUGCAGGACUACAACUCCCAUCACCCAUGACUCUUGGCUAAGAUGGCAGAGGAUGAUGGGAUUUGUAGCCCAGCAACAUCUGGGAGCCCAAGAUUGAAGGACACUGUCUAAGCAAUUGGAGCCUUCUGUGCCAUUGAGGAUCCUGUGACCAUAUGGAGCAGGCGCACUCCUAGACCUGUGGCAAACAUCCCUUUUCAGACAUUUGGACUUGACAUACGCAGGUGACAGGCAGGCAGGGCCAGUGUGGCACUCGGCAUCAAGAGAAAGGAGUCAACACACAAAGUGGUAAUUCCCGGUCCUGCACACAUUCAAUGUACCUGGUGGGAAAGGUCUAGAAGGGGCUAGAUAGACUCAUGUACAGGAGCUUCUCCUGGACUUCCCCACUUCAGGUUGCAGCUGGGGGUGACAAUGUCAAUAGAGAAAAGACAGUCACAGGACUGAGAAAUUGCACAAAACAAAUGAAAUACCGCAAUAUUCACAGUAGAGUCCUCAACCCUUAUUACUGUGCUUUGCUUUCUUCACGUUGGGCUUUGUUUAAAACUUGCCAUUUAGGUUUUCAAAACUUUUUUGUAAAUUCAGUAUUAGAAACUGUACUUUUGAGUCCUCAAUCCUUUAUUACUGUGUUUUGCUUUACCUAGGUCGAGCUAGGAUUAUAAUACUUCAGAAUUUUGGGGGGUUCUACCCCUUUUUUUGAAUUUUGAAGUUUAUGAUUUUUCUAUUUCCUUCUGAGGAAACUGAAUAGUUCAGUGAAACAAGGUUUGUAGCCGGCAUCCCGUUAAGGCUUUGUUCAAUUUUAGGUUUUCCUAAUUUUUUUCCUUAAGCUUUUUGAUUUUUAUUAUUUAGUUUAUUUCCACAAGAUAAUAUUUCUAGUCGAUUACUUCGGGGGUGACAAUGUGGCUGAAUUCAGACAGCCCCUUUGGUUGAACUUGACAAAGACCUUUCUCUUCCACAAAGCAUUUUGAGGAAUCUUUUAUGAUAAAUGCAUGAUUUUUAUAGCGUUCAUGUGUGGCAUUUUUUGCAACUUAGUCAAUUAAGCAGCAUAUAAAUAUCUGCAAUAAAAAUAAUUAUAUAUAUAUAGUGUUGGGAGCAACUCUCUAGGCAGGCUGAGGGUCCUGCAUUCAUUUUAUUUUUCUAAAGUGAGGGCUUUUAAAAGCCUCCUUAGAAUUAUUCCGCAGCGCAGCUCAGGGGGUCUAGUAAUUGGAUCAUAAGCCUUUCACUUCUAGGUCAGCAGUUCAGAGCUGUUAAAGACCUAAAGCCCAUUAGAGGUUGAGAGAGCUAUUUAGUGGCAUAUGUUGGAUUGCUCCAUUUCUUUUUUGCUGCCCUGCCCCCUGGGACCAAGAGUGAAGAUUUGUGGCUCUUCCAAAUGACAACCGACUAAGGAGGAGCUUGUAGGAGGAAUGCGGAAAGUGAGCAGUGAAUGAUUAGACAGUGUCUGCCCACCUGCACUGCUGUUAGCCAGUACAGUGGUACCUCUGGUUACGAACUUAAUUUAUUCCGGAGGUCCAUUCUUAAGCUGAAACUGUUCUUAUCCUGAGGUGCGCUUUCGCUAAUGGGACCUCCCAAUGUGUGCACACUUCCAGCACGCAAUUUUCGUUCUCAUCCUGGGGCAAAGUUCACAACCAGGAGCAGCUACUUCAGGGUUGGCAGAGCUCGUAACCUGAAGCAUUCAUAACCAGAAGCGUUUGUAACCAGAGGUACCACUGUACUGUGUAACAGAGCCCUGGAAUAAACAAUGAGGGGAACAAUGUCCUGCUUAUCAGCUUCCCAGAGCAUUUUGCUGGCUCAGAGAAUGAAAUAAUAAUAAUAAUAAUAAUAAUAAUAAUAAUAAUAAUAAUUUAUUUGUACCCCGCCUAUCUGGCUGGGUUUCCCCAGCCACUCUGGGUGGCUUCCAACAAAAUAUUAAAAUACAAUAGUUUAGUAAACAUUAAAAGCUUCCCUAAACAGGGCGGCCUUCAGAUGUCUUCUAAAAGUCUGGUACAGUGGUACCUUAAUUCGUUCUGGAGGUCCGUUCUUAACCUGAAACUGUUCUUAACCUGAAGCACCACUUUAGCUAAUGCGGCCUCCCACUGCUGCCAUGCCGCCGCUGCACGAUUUCUGUUCUCAUCCUGAAGCAAAGUUCUUAACCCGAGGUAUUAUUUCUGGGUUAGCAGAGUCUGUAACCUGAAGCAUAUGUAACCCGAGGUACCACUGUAGUUGUUUUUCUCUUUGACAUCUGAUGGGAGGGUGUUCCACAGGGCGGGUGCCACUACCGAGAAGGCCCUCUGCCUGGCUCCCUGUAACUUGGCUUCUCGCAGCGAGGGAACCGCCAGAAGGCCCUCGGGGUUGGCGAACGUUUCCGCUGGUGUGCUGGAUCUCACUGACGCAUGCCACUCUUUCCCCGCUGGCUUUCGGAGCCAUGGCCGGGUAGGAGGAGGCACCUGCUGCUUCCUAUUGGAGCUUCCUGCAGCCAAUAGGAACUUGUAGCUGUGUCCCAGAAGUGAGUCCCCUGGCACAGUGCAGCGGUUUAGCUCCCCACUGGGACUGACCGAGCAGGCGGCAAGGGCCGGGGGCCAGUUUAACGACCCCCUCAUGCUUUAUCCGGCUCGCGGGCUGUAGUUUGCUGACCCCUGAAAUAGAUGGACCUUUCUUAUUAUUGACAGGAUAGGGUUGCCAUAUUUCAAAAAGUGAAAACCCAGACACAAAACACAAAGUUGUUGAGCUUUAUUUACCGUAUUUUUCGCUCCAUAGGACGCACUUUUUCCCCUCCAAAAAUGAAGGGAAAUGUGUGUGCGUCCUAUGGAGCGAAUGCAGGCUUCGCUGAAGCCUGGAGAGCGAGAGGCAUCGGUGCGCACCGACCCCUCUCGCUCUCCAGGCUUCAGGAAACUAUCCGCAAGCCUUGCAAGCCCGGUGGGAGUUCCCGCGGGCUCACAAGGCUUGCAGGCAGCAGCCUGCAGCCCCGGCGAGUGUCCGCAAGCCUUGCGCGCCCGGCAGGAGGUCCCGCCGAGCGCGCGAGGCUUCGGGCGGCCGCUGUCGCCCGAAGCACGGGGAGCCCUCCAGAGGGCUCCCGUGCUUCGGGCGAGUGUCUGCAAGCCUUGCGCGCCCGGCAGGAGGUCCCGCCGAGCGCGCGAGGCUCGGGCGAGUGUCUGCAAGCCUUGCGCGCCCGGCAGGAGGUCCCGCCGAGCGCGCGAGGCUCGGGCGGCAGCCUGUCGCCCGAAGCACGGGGAGCCCUCCGGAGGGCUCCCCGUGCUUCGGGCGAGUGUCUGCAAGCCUUGCGCGCCCGGCAGGAGGUCCCGCCGAGCGCGCGAGGCUUCGGGCGAGUGUCUGCAAGCCGUGCGCGCCCGGCCGGCGGUCCCGCCGAGCGCGCGAGGCUCGGGCGGCAGCCUGUCGCCCGAGCACGGGGAGCCCUCCGGAGGGCUCCCGUGCUUCGGGCGAGUGUCUGCAAGCCUUGCGCGCCCGGCAGGAGGUCCCGCCGAGCGCGCGAGGCUUCGGGCGGCAGCUUGUCGCCCGAAGCACGGGGAGCCCUCCGGAGGUGCGUCCUAUGGGCCGGUGCGCCCUAUAGAACGAAAAAUACGGUAGUUUUGCCCAAAAUUAUUGAGGUUUCUCCCCCCCCAAAAAAGUCUCUUUUAAAAAAGAAGAGUUUUUCAGCUGUUUUAAUUAAAUUCAUCCCCCCAAAAAUGGACACUGUUUACGGGGGCAGAAUACCGGCUAUGUCCAGGAAAUUUCGGACAUAUGGCAAUCCUAUGACAGGUGGACUCAAGCCUGUGACAGGUCUUGAACCAGCAAUCUGAGCUGGGAGUUUAAGGCUGUGUACUUCCAACCAUCUCUGGCCAAAGGAUAGCGCUGCAAGGAGACUUAACCACUCUGUAAACCCUCUUUCACCAAUAGUCUAGGUCGAGUCAGAUGCUCCUUCCUCCCUCAUGUAAACAUUCCUCACUUGGUUUGAGAAACCAGGAUAAUGGUGGCUAAUAAGCCAAUGAACUACUUUGCCUUCCCUGCAAAAGAGUGGGUCUAUGACAUAUUUUUUCCAUGUAGGGUAGCUGUCGCUUAGGCACAGCAGAAUUUGCCUCCAGUCAUCUAGACUGACUGAUGGCUCCUUUGCCUGUUCUUCACUUUAGGGGGGAACGUGAUCAUGUCAGAGCUGAUCAACUGGCCCUUCAGCGCCGGCUCAAGUAGUCUGUGUUAAAAGUUAGUAGCCAGAGAGGGAAAGCACACAGCCAACCAAGAGAUAAAAAUGAGUGACAGAAUUGUCACAAUAUGGCAGGACAUUGCUGCAGGCGUUGUUCGAAACUCCCAUUCUUGUAGGCUCAUUUUGUGACAGGGAAUUGCUUGAUUUCAUAAAAUUUAUGCCCCCCUUGAUUGUAAAACAACAACAGCACCUCAAAGAGGUUUACAGAAAGAUAAAACAAUAAAAUGGAGAGAGAGAAAUCACAACCAUAUUUUAAAACAUACAAAAAAAUACUAGAACAGAUUAAAGUCACCUUACCUUUCUAAGCAUCUGGUUAGGCUUGCCUAAACACGAAUGUUUUUAGCAGGCGCCAAAGGAAAGGUGCCUGCUUGAUUUCAAUAGGCAGGGAGUUCCAAAGGCCAGGGUACAGUGGUACCUCGGGUUAAGAACUUAAUUCGUUCUGGAGGUCCGUUCUUAACCUGAAACUAUUCUUAACCUGAGGUACCACUUUAGCUAUUGGGGCCUCCCUCUGCCGCCGCCGCACAAUUUUUGUUCUCAUCCUGAAGCAAGUUGUUAACCCGAGGUACUAUUUCUGGGUUAGCGGAGUCUGUAACCUGAAGCGUCUGUAACCCGAGGUGUUGUUGUUGUUUAGUUGUUUAGUCGUUUAGUUGCGUCCGACUCUUCGUGACCCCAUGGACCAGAGCACGCCAGGCACUUCUGUCUUCCACUGCCUCCCGCAGUUUGGUCAAACUCAUGCUGGUAGCUUCGAGAACACUGUCCAACCAUCUCGUCCUCUGUCGUCCCCUUCUCCUUGUACCCUCCAUCUUUCCCAACAUCAGGGUCUUUUCCAGGGAGUCUUCUCUUCUCAUGAGGUGGCCAAAGUAUUGGAGCCUCAGCUUCACGAUCUGUCCUUCCAGUGACCACUCAGGGCUGAUUUCCUUCAGAAUGGAGAGGUUUGAUCUUCUUGCAGUCCAUGGGACUCUCAAGAGUCUCCUCCAGCACCAUAAUUCAAAAGCAUCAAUUCUUCGGCAAUCAGCCUUCUUUAUGGUCCAGCUCUCACUUCCAUACAUCAGAGGUACCCGAGGUACCACUGUAUUAUGUAGCACCUGAUGUUUAAAUUCAUUGUAAGUUGCCUAGACACCCUGGUGUUGGGUGAUAUAACAACAACAAUUCCCAAGAGCAUGAAGGACAGGAGCACUCAGUAUAGUCACAGGCUGGAAUCAAGCGAUGGAGUGAGCCAUCAGAAAAGUCUACCCCAGGGGUCAGCAAGGUUUAUCUUGCCUGGGCCGGAUCGGUCCUGCGGAGAUCCCUCCGUGGGCCAGAUCACACGAGCGCGUGAGCACGUGCCCCCGCGAUUUCCGGCACCGCGGAAGAGAGUCCCCAUGCUGCACUGCGCUGGUUUAGCGCAGCGCGUGAGUGGGCAACUCGGUUUGGGGGCAGCUUGUAGGCUGGUCAAAUGACCUCUGUGGGCUGUUUCUGGCCCAUGGGUCUUAGGUUGGUGACCCCUGGUCUACCCUGUUGUACUGUCUCAUCAGAUAAAUUCCAGUCAACCUGUCCUUCAACUCACCAUAAGGCUAUUAGAAUUCCAAGGCUCUUGGACCAGGCUGCCAAGAGGGAAACAAUGAGAUUUCUCUCACAACCUUGCAGAGCGGGUUCAAAGGCUAGACAUCAUGUAUGGCCUUGGCAAAGGGUCAUGGCUGGAAUUCAUAGGGGAGGCAAAUAAUAGGAGGAGAAGGAAUUGUCUGGUCUAUAAAUGGAGACCUGUCUUCUACGGAUAAAUAGGAUUAUAAUGGUGCGCCUUGAUGCCUAAGUCUGCUCAGAAGAAGCAACUGGCCCCCAGGAUUAGGGGUGAUUGAUAAAUUCAAUUUCUGUUAAUUCCAGCGUGAACUGACCUGGUCUGCACCUCCUGCGCUAACGGGCAGAUCGGAACCUGCCGCCUUCGCACUGCUAUGGAUUUUGUGGUGCCAUUGUUGGCUCAAAAGGCAAAGCAAAGUGCAUUGGGACACAUAUCUUAGGAUGGAACAUGUUUAGAACUGUGUACAGCGGUACCUCGGGUUACAUACGCUUCAGGUUACAUAUGCUUCAGGUUACAGACUCAGCUAACCAAGAAAUAGUACCUUGGGUUAAGAACUUUGCUUCAGGAUGAGAACAGAAAUCGUGCUCCGGCGGCGCGGUAGCAGCAGGAGGCCCCGUUAGCUAAAGCGGUGCUUCAGGUUAAGAACAGUUUCAGGUUAAGAACGGACCUCAAGAAUGAAUUAAGUUCUUAACCCAAGGCACCACUGUAUACAGAGAUAAGGCUAGAAGAUGAAAUGUGCAUUUUCUGAUAAAAUACUGAUCCAUCCCUAACAAAACACGAGCCUUUCUGUGUGGCCUUGGGAUGCUCCCCAAGCCACAUACCCUCUCUGCAAGCCAUGCCCCCUCACCAACCUUCCCCCACCGCCACCUUGAGUAAUUUUGCCAAGCUGGAAUGUGUCCUGGAAUUGUGAUAAUGUUCUUUGUUUGCCUGGAGGAGAGAGAAAGAAUGAGAGAGAGAGAGAGAGAGAGAGAGAGAGAGAGAGAGAGAGAGAGAUUUAACAUCACAAUGGUAAGACUCCUAUCCAUUGCUCCUUCCACCACCCCCUCACCAGCAUGUUGCCUCUAGAUGGUUGCCCAUGUUGCAAUGCGGGAGUCUGAAAAAGGUUCCCCACCCUGACUUUUAAUUAUUAUUAAGAUUUUUAAAAAUGAGAAUAUUUCAACUGAACAAAAUAAAAUAGAAACAGAAAGGGGGGGAGAAAGGGGGAAAGGUAUAUUAUAUCACUGUACAGUGGUACCUGUUUGCGAACGGGAUCCAUUCCAGAGGCCCGUUCGCAACAUGAAAAGCGCACAACCCGCAGUGGCGUGUCUGUGCAUGUGUGGGUUGCGAUUCGGUGCUUCUGCGCAUGUGCGAGCAGCGAAACCUGAAAGUAACCCUUUCUGUUACUUCUGGGUCGCCGCGGGACAUAACCUGAAAGAAUGUAACAUGAAGCAAACGUAACAUGAGGUAUGACUGUAUAUGCCAAGAACUACAAUUCCACAUAUGCUUACCUAGUAUAUAGGUAUAUAAAUUUUAUUGUCACCCAAAUACAUAUAUGGUUAUUUAUAACCUACUUAUUACUUUUAAUAAAUGCAUUCCAAGUAUCACUAUACUUGUCCAUACAGCGUCUAUGUCUGCAAGCAAUCCAUUCAUAAGUUGCGAGUGUUGCCAUAUCUGCAAUCCAUUGACUAAAGGGAGCCAUAGGUUUAUCUUUCCAGUGCAUCAAUAUCAGUCUUUUGACCAUAGCAGGGGCACACAAAAACCCCAUUUACAUUGUCCAGUUGUCAGAUUCCAUAUAGUAGGUACGUCAUUCAAAAGAAUAGUUUGAAAAUGUCCACUAUUUCCACACAGUCAUGUUUAUACAAACCGAUACUUUCUCCCAAAAUGUAGUAAGUGAAGCACGUUAUAAAAACAGGAGUUUCAAAAAAGCAUUAUCCUUAUUACCCCACCACCCCUGAUUUAAUCAACUGUCUGUAAUUAAAAAAUUGCUUCCCUGGGGGGGGGGGGGAAGCUUACAUAGAUUUUGCAUCAGAUGUCAUAUGGCACUGGAGAAACUGAAGAUCCUCUCCACUCCCAAUCUUCAAGCUGGCUAUUAAUGUCCUGGAUAGGAGAGUUGUGGUCUGGAACAUCUCCCUGACCUUGACUUUGAGGGAACCACCCAUGGUCUCCCAGCCAUAAAGGAUCACUUAAGACUAAGAGGAUUGCAAUUCAACUGUAAUCAUUGACACCUUAUUAGAGUUAAGAAUUGGUUAACAUUGUGGAGAUUUGGCUUUUGCGGGUGGAAAACAGGUGAUGACCAUUUGAACUCUUAAUCGAGCGCUCCGACAUCUCUCUUGGGGUUCCACCACGUCUAAUCUCCAUGCCCUGUCGCCUUCCUUUCCCCUUUGAACUUUCUGUGUCAAUGCGAUAGACUUGCCCAGGCACUUGUUGACCUCAUUUCUAAGAUACCCUUUAGAUGUUGGGUGACUUGGUGAAUUAGAAUUUGUCCAGAAAGCUCACAUAUUGGAGGUCAGGCAUACCAUCUCACUAGAGGCACCGCUUCUGGUUCAGAGAUUUUCCUUUAAAUGUGCCCCCCCAAAAAAAAAACACUCCACCACUCUGGCUGAAUAACUUGCCUGUACACUUAGGCCAUUUGUGGAGGUACGCCCACCAUCUGACAAGUAAUUAUUGUUCUCCCUUUUGCUGUCCAACAGUUUGACAUAGAUAAAGAAGCAGGCGAGAGGCAGAUAUAUCACCGGUACUGUAUGGAACGGGCCUCUGUGCAUUGUGCCCACGUCUUCACCACAGUCUCUCAGAUAACAGCCAUAGAAGCAGAGCACAUGCUCAAGAGAACAGCUGGUAAGAUCAAGAUGUCGGAGGGGAACUGGUGCCAAGAGUUGAGAAAGGCUCUAGUUUUGCCACACCCUCUUCCCCACUGAGUCUUAGAAGGGCAACAAAGUUGGCAGCCAGUAACAACUUCCGGAGGUUGGGGGGAAAUGCCCUGUUUGCCUUGAUGGACCACCUUCCUACUUAGUGGGAAACUGACGAUGUUCUCUGUUUAAAGCACAGGUUGAAUGAAGUCUUUGCAUAUGGUUAAGCCCUGGUAUAUGGUGGUAUUUUGUGAAGACGGGGAGGUAAAAAGGUAAAAGGUAAAGGACCCUGGAUGGUUAAGUCCAGUCGAAAUCGACUAUGGGGUGCGGCUCUCAUCUCACUUUUCAGGCCGAGGGAGCUGGCGUUUGUCCACAGACAGCUUUCCGGGUCAUGUGGCCAGCAUGACUAAACCGCUUCUGGUGUAAUGGGGCACCAGCAGUACCUAUUUAUCUACUUGCACUGGCGUGCUUUCAAACUGCUGGGUAAUAAUAAUAAUAAUAAUUCUUAUUAUUAUUAUUAUUAUUAUUAUUAUUAUUAUUAUUAAUUUUUUGAGGAAGUUCACAGCUCAGAGACAGGCAAACAGAAGAGUUGGGAAGUGUUAGGAGAAGGGCGAGGGGAGAUAGAAGCAAGAGAGCCAGAUGACACGUUGUCACUGGAGAGUAUUUCCCACCCCCCCUUCCCCCAGAACUUGAUGCUCAUUAAGAGUGCAGGAACAAAGGACUCAAAGCCAACUGAAUGCGAGUGGCCACUGUAAGGGCAAAUGCUGUUGCUAGGAAAGAGGGAAGAGGAGCUCAGUUGGAGCAACUCAAUUACCAGGGCAUACUGCAUUCUUUUGUCUCUUGCUGUUAUGAAUGAAUAAACUCAUUAAAAAGGACUCUGCCUUGUUCUCUCUGCUUCUUGCUGGCACCGGAUAAGGAACAGAAUUCCCUGACAACAGAGUUGGCUGGGAUGCAGAAAGUGACUUGUUCCAUUUGUAAUGCAUCUUUCACUGGCCUGUGUCUAUUACAAUCCAGUGAUAUGGCUAGAGGAUGUGCACUGAGGUACAGCAAUGAUGCCCACCAAAAAUUUUUUUAAAACAAAUUCAUGGAGGAUGAGGCUAUCAAUGGCUUCUAGCCGCCAUGCAUAAGUUCAACCUCCACUGUCAGAGGCAAUAUGCCUCUGAAUGCUGGUUUCUGGGAAGCACAAGUGGCGAGAGGCCUCUUGCACUCGUGCUUGCAGACUUCCCAGGGGCUUCUGGAUGGCCACUGUGAGAAAAGGAUGUUGGACUAGCCGGGCCAUUGACCCUGAUCCAGCAGGACUCUUCUUAUGCUGGGUAAGACAGAGGCAGAAUUAAUUUCCAGGCGCAAUUCAAAGCGCUGGUGCUGAUCUGUAAAGCUUUACAUACCUUAAAGCAGGGCUCAGCAACCUAAGGCCCAUAAUGCCCAUAGGUGGCCCGCGGAGGUCGUUUGACCGCCCCCAAGCCGCCCCCAAACUGAGCUGCCCGCUCGGGCGCUGCGUUAAACUGGCGCAGCGCGACGUGGGGACUCACUUCCAUAGUGCAUGGGCAGACGCCAAAAAUCGCAUCUGCGCAGCAAAAGUGCAUCUCAUCCUACAAGCAGUUUUGGCUUAGGGCCCUCGUAUCUAUGGGACGGCCUCUCCUGGUCUGCCCCGCAGAGGACCUUAAGGUCCAUGAAUAACCAUUGUUUAGAGGUCCCAGGCCCUAAGGAAGUCAGACUAUCCUCGGCCAGGGCCAGGGCCUUUUCAGUGAUGGCUCCGACCUGGCGGAAUGCUCUGUCCCAUGAGACUAGGGCCCUUCAGGAUUUAACCUCCUUCCUUCGGGCCUGUAAGACAGAGCUAUUCCGCCUGGCCUUUAAUUUGAAUUCAGCCUGAUCUUUUAUUUCCCUUCUCUUCCUUCCCCCUCCCCUUUUAUGAAGAUCACCCACUCUGAGACCCCACAGCUAAUUCUCCCCUGGCCUCCUUGCUGGUCCAAGUAGGACCAAUUCAGCCAGCUAGCCCUGGGGAUUAUCUAAUUGAUUUUAGAUUUUUAUUGUUAUUCAUGUUUUUAUACUGUAUUUUAUGCUGCUUUUAUAAUUAAGUAUUUUAAAGUGUUUUACAUUUGUUGUUAGCCACCCUGAGCCCGGUUUUUGAACCGGGAAGGGCAGGGUAUAAAUAAAAUUAUUAUUAUUAUUAUUAUUACUACUACUACUACUAUUACUAAGAAUGGACCUCCAGAAUGAAUUAAGUUCAUAACUGGACAUACCCCUGUAUCUCUAGGUACGAUUCUCUCAACUCUGCAAAUCGCAAGCUGUUUUGAUCGUAAUGCCCUUGCGUAGACUUCAGGCUUAAUGAUCUACUGCGGCAGGGAUCAUCGACCCCUUCUUUGAGCAACGGCCAAAUUUCGCAACUUUGCAGAAUGACAUGCCAAGUCCGGCAUCUCUGACACAGGGGUCCUCUGUAGGUCUGCAAGCUUGAGUCAGCCUCACCUGUAGUUAGAUUAAUCUAGGAGUGCAGUAGCACUUGGGGCAAGAGAGCACCAGCUCUCACUUGACUUCCUACAGCCCUUACCGACGCUGCUUACCAGUAGGUAGAGGGGGAGGUCAGGUGAGCAGCCCUCUCCCACCAACCACUGCUGCAGAGGUGGGCAAUGUCAGGCAAAAACCACCCCAGUUUACAGAAUAACCUCAUCUUGUUUAAGGUUAGAGGUGGUGCUAUGGUGUAAACCACUGAGCCUCUUGGGCUUGCCGAUUGUAAGGUCGGUGGUUCAAAUCCCCACAACGGGGUGAGCUCCCGUCGCUCUGUCCCAGCUCCUGCCAACCUACCAAUUCAAAGUGUUGGUGCUGACCUUGAAAGCCCUAAACGGCCUCGGUCCUGUAUACCUGAAGGAGAGUCUCCACCCCCAUCAUUCUGCCUGGAUACUGAGGUCCAGUGAUGAGGGCCUUCUGGCGGUUCCCUCGCUGCAAGAAGCCAAGUUACAGGGAACCAGGCAGAGGGCCUUCUCGGUAGUGGCACCCGCCCUGUGGAACGCCCUCCCACCAGAUGUCAAAGAGAACAACAAUACCAGACUUUUAGAAGACAUCUGAAGGCAGCCCUGUUUAGGGAAGCUUUUAAUGUUUGAUGCAUUACUGUGUUUUAAUAUUUUGUUGGAAGCCGCCCAGAGUGGCUGGGGAAGCCCAGCCUGAUGGGCAGGGUAUAAAUAAAUUAUUAUUAUUAUUAUUAUCAUCAUCAUCAUCAUCAUCAUCAAUGCUGCCUUCCUCUUCUCCUGCAGCAUCAGGAGAAGGGGGUGGCCUCCAUCAUUCCUCCUCCAUCUCUCCUCCUUGAGUCCAAUCCCUGACACCUAUCGAGAAAAGAGGGAGACCCUGUUCCUUCCACAUCUUUCAGAUCUACUCAGCUGCUGCUGCUUUCACUUUUCUUUUGCCAGAUGUCGUCACUCCAAACGGGCUGAACAUUAAGAAAUUCUCUGCUAUGCACGAGUUCCAGAAUCUGCACGCCACCUGCAAAGCUAGGAUCCAAGAGUUUGUUCGAGGCCAUUUCUAUGGGUAUGUUCAAAAAAGGGACAAUUGGGUUAUUCCAAAAUGUUAGGGUAGACCCUGCCCCAGACACCCAAAACCCCAUUCACAGUUUAUCUGUGGGACUGGGAAAUAGCCUUGCUGGCAGACAGAGGCGCCAACUUGGAGGAGUGAUUGGGGGAGCUGACAUCACAUGUGUGACAUCAGGACGUUGAGGGGGAGCUGGGGGAGGAGCCAAACGGCUCAACGGCAGUGGCUCCUCCUUCAUUUCCUCCUGGUGUUGCCGCUGGCAGGAGGCCACUUUGACCCUCCUUCCCCUCCAUGGCAGGGAGGAGAAAGAGCUGGCUGCUGGGGGUAUGUUUCACUUGGCUCUGUACUUUUGGGUCAUCGGGGGUCCCAGCCCCUAACCCAAAAAUAUAGGGAGGGGGACAAAAGGGUUUGGCCCCUAGGUACUGGCACCCCUGCUGGCAGGAUUGCCAGUGUUUGACUUCAAAGAUCCUGGGAUCUGAGGAAGGGUGAGGGCGGAACUGUGAGGUGGGGCAAGGGGACUCCACUGGACUUCAUUAGGCCUAGUGAUUGUGGGGGAAGGGAUUCAAUCCAGUUAACAUUUAAAGGCAAAUGCGCCUAAUUCACAUUUUCCAGCACAAUUGUUGUCAAUUAGUCGUUUAGUAUUGGCCGACUCUUCGUGACCCCAUGGACCAGAGCAUGCCAGGCACUCCUGUCUUCCACUGCCUCCCGCAGUUUGGUCAAACUCAUGUUGGUAGCUUCAAGAACACUGUCCAACCAUCUCAUCCUCUGUCCUCCCCUUCUCCUUGUGCCCUCCAUCUUUCUCAACAUCAGGGUCUUUUCCAGGGAGUCUUCUCUUCUCAUGAGGUGGCCAAAGUCUUGGAGCCUCAGCUUCACGAUCUGUCCUUCCAGUGAGCACUCAGGGCUGAUUUCCUUCAGAAUGGAUAGGUUUGAUCUUCUUGCAGUCUAUGGGACUCUCAAGAGUCUCCUCCAGCACCAUAAUUCAAAAGCAUCCACUUUUCGGCGAUCAGCCUUCUUUAUGGUCCAGCUCUCACUCCCAUACAUCACUACUGGGAAAACCAUAGCUUUAACUAUAUGGACCUUUGUCGGCAAGGUGAUGUCUCUGCUUUUUAAGAUGCUGUCUAGGUUCGUCAUUGCUUUUUCCCAAGAAGCAGGUGUCUUUUAAUUUCGUGACUGCUGUCACCAUCUGCAAUGAUCAUGGAGCCCAAGAAAGUAAAAUCUCUCACUGCCUCCAUCUCUUCCCCUUCUAUUUGGCAGGACGUCAUGGGACCAGUGGCCAUGAUCUUCGUUUUUGUUAUGUUGAGUUUCAGACCAUAUUUUGCGUUCUCCUCUUUCACCCUCAUUAAAAGGUUAUUUAAUUCCUCCUCACUUUCUGCCAUCAAGGUUGUGUCAUCUGCAUAUCUGAGGUUGUUGAUAAAUCUUAAUUCUGGCUUGGAAUUCAUCCAGUCCAGCCUUUUGCAUGAUGAAUAUAAGUUAAAUAAGCAGGGAGACAAUAUACAGCCUUGCUGUACUCCUUUCCCAAUUUUGAACCAAUCAGUUGUUCCAUAUCCAGUUUUAACUGUAGCUUCUUGUCCCACAUAGAGAUUUCUCAGGAGACAGAUGAGAUGAUCAGGCACUCCCAUUUCUUUAAGAACUUGCCAUAGUUUGCUGUGGUCGACACAGUCAAAGGCUUUUGCAUAGUCAAUGAAGCAGAAGUAGAUGUUUUUCUGGAACUCUCUAGCUUUCUCCAUAAUCCAGCACAUAUUUGCAAUUUGGUCUCUGGUUCCUCUGCCCCUUCGAAAUCCAGCUUGCACUUCUGGCAGUUCUCGGUCCACAUACUGCUUAAGCCUCCCCUUGUAGAAUUUUAAGCAUAACCUUGCUAGCAUGUGAAAUGAGUGCAAUUGUGCGGUAGUUGGAACAUUCUUUGGCACUGCCCUUCUUUGGGAUUGGGAUGUAGACUGAUCUUCUCCAAUCCUCUGGCCACUGCUGAGUUUUCCAAACUUGCUGGCAUAUUGAGUGUAGCACCUUAAUAGCAUCAUCUUUUAAAAUUUUAAAUAGUUGAGCUGGAAUAUCAUCACUUCCACUGGCCUUGUUAUUUACAGUGCUUUCUAAGGCCCAUUUGACUUCACUCUCCAGGAUGUCUGGCUCAAGGUCAGCAACCACACUACCUGGGGUGUACAAGACAUCGAUAUCUUUCUGGUAUAAUUCCUCUGUGUAUUCUUGCCACCUCUUCUUGAUGUCUUCUGCUUCUGUUAGGUCCUUACCACUUUUGUCCUUUAUUAUGGUAAUCUUUCUACGAAAUGUUCCUUUCAUAUCUCCAAUUUUCUUGAACAGAUCUCUGGUUUUUCCCAUUCUAUCGUUUUCCUCUAUAGGAACUGAAACACAGGCAUCAUCCAAAGUUCACACUUCUCCAAAUUUUACAAUGCAAUUGUCCAGCCAAGUGUACAAAAAGGAUUCAUGAGGGCAACGUGUGCCCUAAAAUCCAUAGAUUAGUGAAAAUAACAUACUAGGAAAAAUUGCUUGCAAAGUUUUGCCAAUGAGUUUCUUAAGAGAAAUUUUCACUAAAAUGCUAAGAAUUUUUUUAAAAAAAUUGUAAACUGCUGUGGAAAUGUAGAAAACAGAAUUUAAGAUGGAAAAAAUGAGAAACUGAGAGGACCACAAUAGACAGAAUCAUCUAUUGCUCUCAUUAUUCCAAAGAGCAGAGAAUAUGCAGCUUUAGUUACUGGGAUAGAGGAUUUACCAACCUGCAUUGAGGUCGCUGGCAAUCCAGGAGGAACCCGAUUUGGCCAGAUUUAUAAACAGAUACAGAAAACUUACUGUUUCAUCAGGCUUAGAUUUUGCUACAUCAAGCGCUACAGAAUAUAGAACAAUAAAUAGCAGCAACAGAGUGCUGUGACGGAUUGGGUAUAGAUUGCGUGCGAUAUGGAGGACCACAGUUUACUCAUGAGAGCCAGUGUGGUGUAGUGGUUAAGAGCAGUGGACUUGUAAUCUGGUGAGCUGGGUUCGCUUCCCUGCUCCUCCACAUGCGGCUGCUGGGUGACCUUGGGCUAGUCACACUUCUCUGAAGUCUCUCAGCCCCACUCACCUCACAGAGUGUUUGUUGUGGAGGGGGGGAGGGAAAGGAGAUUGUUAGCCGCUUUGAGACUCCUUAGGGUAGUGAUAAAGCGGGAUAUCAAAUCCAAACUCUUCUUCUUCUCUUCUUCAUCCGGGCUUUAUGUUCUUAUUGUUAACAACGGCUAUUAUUAUCUGAUUAACAGUCUAGUUUCAUGCUUUAAUGGCUUCUAAGCAGUGCACAGUUUUAAAUAAACAAUGAAACAGUUCCAUCCAAAUGCUAAAAGCACCCAUUAUUUAUAAUACACAAUGAAGUAGGGGCAUUAAAAAGCAUUACAAUUAAUAAGUAAACAAACAAUUAAAAAAAACCAUCAAGUUCAGGGGGCUGCUUGCCCAGACAGGUGUGUCUUCAAGAGCUGGCAGAAUGCCAAUGCAGAUGGGGGCACUCAUAUUUCAGCCAGGAGGGCAUUCCACAACGCUGGUGCCAUCGCUGUGUGUGUUGGCUAGUCAAGAUUCACACAGAUGAGAAGUAGAACAGGAAACCUGCAGUGUUGUUGCUGUGUCAAUGACCUUCAGUUGGCAGCACAAUUUACCAGGAGCCCUCUUUGAUCGACCACUUGACCCAUUUUACGUUUGUUUGCCCUUGCUUUCAGACACCUUGAUUUCAACCUUGAAAGGACUUUGUUUUUCUUCAUUGCUGGGAGAUACGAGUUUUCAAACAAAGGAGCCGACAUGUUUUUAGAGGCCUUAUCAAGACUGAACUUCCUCUUGAGGGUAAGAAAGAAUGCAAACCCAUAUGAGGCCGCCUUAGUCUGUUUCCCUCGCCUGCUCUGACUGGCAGCUGUCCUCCGGGACCCAGAGACAGAGCACGAUGGAUUGAGUUGGCAUCCAUCUGUGUCGAAAGGCAGUGGAAGAGUGCAAAUACAUUGCAUGUGAGAAGGACCAAAUACUGUUAGAGAUGCUGGGGACUGCCACUGAGAUUUUAUGCAUGUACUUUAUGGGUCCUACCUCUUCACAAAGCUCAACAAGGGUAUAAUACAGACUCCCAUAUGUAUAGUGCAAUGGAUUUCCACAGUCUUUGCCACUUGGUUGUCUCAGAUGCAGCACACACAUAGUCAAAUCUGAUAUGGAUGGGCUAGGGGAAGACUCAUAGUGCAAUGGAAGGGCAUCUGAUUUUUGCAUUGGGACUAUCCUUAGGCCACACCUCCUAUUCCUAGGCCACACCCCUCACCACCUCUGCUUUACAUCCUCCAUGAGUGUUUUUGCCUGGCUGGAAUGUGUCUUUGAACUCUGAUAAUCCUUCUUGCUUGCAUGGAUGAAUAUUCUUUGCUCCGUCCACUUUGGCCCCUUGCAACAGCAAACAGUGUCAUGUGGCCCCUAGGAAGUUGACCAGAACGGAAUGCGGCUCUUGGUCCGAAAAAGGUUUCCCAACCCUGGUGUCAGUGGUCUUUCGGAUAACGUGGUUCCAAACCAUUUAGGUCUUUAAAGGUCAAGCAAGAUGAACAAUAAGGGGAGGGCAUUGCAAAAAAUCUCUCCCUGUUUUGACAGCCAUCUUUUCUUUAUUCAGGUGCACAGGAGCGAUGUCACCGUCGUGGUGUUCUUCAUAAUGCCAGCAAAUACCAACAAUUUCAACGUGGAAACCCUGAAAGGCCAGGCAGUCCGGAAGCAGCUAUGGUAAACCUCUUUCUUUCUCUUUUGGCGUGGCAAAGCAAAAGAGUUAAUGGCAGGAGCGAGCCAGCAGUAAAUCACACAGAGCAAGUUGAAGUUAACUCUUUAUUAGCAAAAACAGGAUCUGCACAGGAGUGUCAGGCCUAAUGAGUAGAGCAACUCAUCUCUGGCAGGUCCUGCCCCCAUGAGGCAGGAGCCAAGACUGAAGGUCCCUGUCUCCCCUCAGUCGCCUAAGCCUCCUCCUCUCCCAGAUCCCCUCCAAGCAAUCUGAGACUCUGCUGGCGCACAUGUUUCAUACUCUCCAACAUUUCUCCAAUGAAAAUAGGGACGUCCCAUUCCAUAAUGACAAUUUUACUAUUUAUACCCCAGACAUCUUACUGGGUUGCUCCAACCACUCUGGGCAGCUUCCAACAUAUUUAAAGACAUAAUAAAACGUUAAACUUUUUUUUAAAACAACAACAACACUUCCCUAUACAGGAUUGCCUUCAGAUGGCUCAGGAGUCGAAUAACUCCAUACCCCACAACAUUUCUCCAAUGAAAAUGGGGACGUCCUAUGGAAAAGUGGGACAUUCCGGGAUCAAAUCAGAAACCAAGAUGGCUUCUCUAAAUCAGGGACAUCCCUAGAAAAUAGGGACACUUCGAGAGGCUGCUGUCUCUGCUCCUCCCUCUUCAUGCCUCUCCUGGUUCUGGGAGACCAAGGGGGAGUGGAGCUUGUUGCAGCAGGAGGGGGAGGAGGCAUCCAUGAAUUUUACCAGCCGCACUCAUAUCUGCGUCUUUGCCUCCCUCCUCUCCUGCUUCUGAGUCUGGGCUUCCCUCUGCCACUUACUCCCCCAGCUCACUAAGCCCUGUUACCUCUUCAGCUUCCGACACCUCCGCCUUCCAGUCUUCUCCCUCUUCUCCCUCUGACCGCUCCGCAUUGUCCCACCACCAAUCCCCUGGCUCUGAGUCUUCUUCCUUUGGGGGUUCCCUGCUAGUUCCUCCCACCAUUCCUCUGUGUCCAACCAGUCCGUGACAGUCAGUGACUGACUGGUUGAUUCAUGACAGUCCAUGACAGUCCAUGACUGAUUGAUCGACUGAUUCUGGUGUGUGAAACAGCUGGUGGGUUUCACGUUUGCCCAAAGGGUGAACCUGACCAAAUUAGAUCCAUUAAUUUCAGGAGGUCCGCUCUAAGUAAAAUAUAGUUGCACACCACCCAAUUUAUUCUAUGAAAUAUCUGGAAGCUGACCCAGGACUUGCUCAGGCUGUGGUUCCCAGCUUACGCUUAUCGAAUUGUGUCAAUGCCCACACACCUGGUUCAAGACCCGGAUCUGAUGCUCAGUUUGCAACACGAGGGUGAACCCCGCUGUGCCUGCAAUCAUUAGGCAGGAAGGGGAAUUUUGGCAGGAGGAGAAUUGAAAGGGAGAAAAAAAGUUAAGAGAAAGAAUGAAACAGGAAGGAAUUUGGCAAGAGGCCGUUUUUCUUCUGCAUCACAGUAACUCUUGCUGUUUCUGGACCGUGUAUCCAACUUGCACUAGGUGUUUUUGAGACUGCCGCCUUGUGGUCUGAUAAAGUAACCACAUCCUUCUCUUUUAAAGGUGUUCCAAAUGAAACACAAAACUGUGUGUCCUAUGCCCAAUAUCUCCUUGGGGACCUGCAGUUGUAUGGUGUUUCCUCAGCGGGAGAGAUACAGAGAUCUCUCCGUAAUAGGAAAUACAUUUUCUUCCCUGCCCCACAGCUAAUGUCCUUGUGCAGGGUGAAACUGCAAUUCUGGAAGGGCGCGGGCAGGGCCACAUAUGCAUAUGCGAAUUUUAUAUGCACAGGUACAAGCUUAGAAAUAGUUAUUCAAAUUAAAUAGAAAAGCAAUACCUGUCAACACAGAGGGACGCGGGUGGCGCUGUGGGUUAAACCACAGAGCCUAGGACUUGCCGAUCAGAAGGUCGGCAGUUCGAAUCCCCGCAACGGGGUGAGCUGCCGUUGCUCGGUCCCUGCUCCUGCCAACCUAGCAGUUCAAAAGCAAAUCAAAGUGCAAGUAGAUAAAUAGGUACCACUCCGGCAGGAAGGUAAACGGUGUUUCCGUGCGCAGCUCUGGUUCGCCAGAAGCGGUUUAGUCAUGCUGGCCACAUGACCUGGAAGCUGUACGCUGGCUCCCUCGGCCAAUAAAGCGAGAUGAACACCGCAACCCCAGAGUCAGCCACGACUGGACCUAAUGGUCAGGGGUCCCUUUACCUUUACCUGUCAACACAGCAGGGAAAGCUGCAGCCAGGUGGAUCGGUAUGCCUUCUUACUCUGCUGCCCUGGUCUCACUGUCAAUGGGGAACUUCAGAGCCUCUCCUGUUUUUCCUUCUUCUGGUCUGUUAUCUUUAAACUAGACCUCGAGUAGAGGACUGUCAUCUGUAAAGCAUGACACAGCCACCUUAGAGAGGUCCAGGGAGUGAGCUGAAGGCUGGCAGGAUCUUGAGAUACCUUGCAGUAGGUGAUUUGGGGGACAGUGGAUUUGUGACCUGCUAGGACUGCUCGUGUUUGCUUACCUCCACCUGUGAUCUAUUGGCAUAUUUGUAAAUAAAGCAAGUAUGACAAUAGGGAUGUGGAGCCUGUGUCCCUUGCUGGAAUACAGUUCCUCUCAUCCUUGACCACUGGCCAUGUUGUCAUAGAUCUUUAGUGUUCUCUUCCUUGCAAAGGAAGCCAAACUGCUGCCCUUCAAACAUUUCUGCGAACAACUUUGUUCACCCAAAUGUCGUUAGAUUCCUCCUCCCAUCAGCCCCAGCCAGCCUGGCCAAUGGUCAGGGUUGAUGGGAGUUGUCGUCCAGCGUAUGAAGAACACCAAGUCAGGGGAUGCUGGCAGGAAAAAGAAGAAGCAGAGAUCAACAUGAUUCACAUGGGGAAAAGUGGAUCGGAAGCCUUUAAUGAUGAUCUGUUUCUUUCUCUCUCUCUUAGGGACACUGCGCAUUUGCUCAAGGAAAAAUUUGGCAAAAAGCUCUAUGAUGCACUAUUAAGGUGAGCUCUCAUUCACAGAAUCAUAGAACUGGAAGGGACCCAAAGGUCAUCUAGUCCAACCCCCUACAAUGCAGGAAUCUCAGCUAAAGCAUCCAUGACAGAUGGAUGCAGGUGUCUCAUAUUUCACUGUAGAGUUAUGUAUUUGCGUAUGAAGCUCUGGGUUAGUUAAACAAUCCCAGUGUUGUGGGCCAGAGAGAGCUCCUGCUUCAGAAAUUUUAAAUGAUUAUUUUGGAAAAUGCUUCCCUUCUUUUCACAAAAAAAGAUCUUCCCUAUUGCACCCACAGAGGAGAAAUCCCUGAUAUGAGCAAGAUCAUAGAUCGUGAUGACCUCACCAUCAUAAAACGGGCCAUCUAUUCAACUCAGGUUAGAGGCUCUUUUUUCUGAUUAUUUAAUGGAAAGCAGAAAAUUUGUCUUAUGGUCUAGCUCUCACUAGAGUAGUAAAUCUACAUACCAUCAAUAUCAUUCUUUUUAAAAAGUUGCUUAUUUUCUUUAAAUGCUAUGGGUUGUAUCCUGUUCUAGGCCUACUCAGAGAAGACCCAUUGAUGUUAAUGAGCACAACUAUUAAUUUCUACUCUGUAUAACUAAGUAUUAAUUUCUACUACCCCAAGGCCCAUUAAGGCCCGCUGUGUGGCUUACAAUAAAGAAAAACACAGCAAAAAUAAGAUAUAAAUAGAAACUUUUUUAAAAACAACAACAACCCACCCUUGAAACCUUAAAAGAGCAUGAAACGGUCAACCUCCUUCUGAAUUCAGAAGGUUCCAAAUAAAGUGGGGCCACUUCAAAAAGGCUAUGCUGGUGUUUAGACCCCAUUGGCUACAAACUUGCCUUUUUUGUCUGUUUAUUUGAAACAUGUCCCCAAAUGCACAUCUUGUUCUGUUGCAGCGACAGGGACUUCCACCAGUGACAACCCAUAACAUGAUCGAUGAUUCCACCGACCCGAUCCUCAGCACCAUUAGACGCAUCGGCCUUUUCAACAACCGGACAGAUCGAGUGAAGGUGCAGCUCUCAGGGCUUUAAAAAAUGUAUAUUUCCCUGUCUCCUCUGCCUUAAAAAACAUGGAACAGCUGGUACACAGAGUUUUGUUGUUGUUGUUGUUUAGUCGUGUCCAACUCUUCAUGACCCCAUGGACCAGAGCAUGCCAGGCACUCCUGUCUUCCACUGCCUCCCACAGUUUGGCCAAACUCAUGCUGGUAGCUUCGAGAACACUGUCCAACCAUCUCGUCCUCUGUCGUCCCCUUCUCCUUGUACCCUCCAUCUUUCCCAACAUCAGGGUCUUUUCCAGGGAGCCUUCUCUUCUCAUGAGGUGGCCAAAGUAUUGGAGCCUCAGCUUCACGAUCUGUCCUUCCAGUGAGCACUCAGGGCUGAUUUCCUUCAGAAUGGCUAGGUUUGAUCUUCUUGCAGUUCAUGGGACUCUCAAGAGUCUCCUCCAGCACCAGAGUACAAAGAUGCAUUAUUUUCAGAAGGCAGGAGGGAAUACAUGACACUGUCCUAAUCCAAGCCAGGUCAUUGGUCUUUCUCUCCUAGUACUAUUGCAUCUACGCGAGUUCCUUUUAACCAAACCAGCCAUUCCCACCCUUGAACCCCCAGAUGGCAACCAAGGCAGCCAGUUUUAAAAUAGGGGCUAUAUGAGGUCUAAACUAAACCCCAGCCAGGAAUCCUUAAGAUGCCAGAAGAGUCUUCAGUUUUUGCUGCAACAGGCUUAUUUAUUUAGUGUGAGCACCUUGAAUUGAGUCCAGGAACAAAUGGGUUAUAUGAGUUCUAAAUUAAAUGCUAGCCAGUAAUCUGAGUGCUGCAUUUUGUACCAAUUGAAAUUUCCAAGUCGUCUUCAAUGGGAAAGCCCAAUGCAGAGCGCAUUGCAGUAAUCCAAUUUGAAAGUUCCUUGUAGACGUCAGCCAUCCCACAUAGAUCAAUUAUGCUGUCCUCCUGGUUCCUGUGUGUGAAGAGCAGCUGUCACUCAUGUUGCAGGGCCGGAUUUAGGUUUAAUGAGGACCUCAGCUACUGAAGGUAAUGGGGCCCUUUAUUUGUCCAGCUGUCCUUUGUCAACAACAAAUUGUCCCUGUUUUUUGUGUUGAAUAUAUGCUAUGUGGUAAUUUAUGGACCUAAUAGGUAUCUAAAGCCAUUUGCACAUAACAAAAUAUGUAUUUUAUCAAAGUAAUAGUUGAACUGAAAUACAGUUAAGAAGAAGUAUAUUAAUAGUGAAAUACAAUUAAGAAGAAGUAUAUUACAUGCAGAAUGUAGGCACCCUAUAUAUAGAAAUGAGCAAACCAGUGAUAUUUUAGGAAGCAGGCUAGCAGGCGGGGCCCAUUACUUACAUCAUAGGAGCCUACACAACACAAAACACUGUAGUUGUAUGUAGGUUUUAUUUUAUUUGUUUUUUAUCUUAUAUUUUGGCAAUGUACAUCCAGGUUUUUUCCCCCUUUAAUUUUUUUUGGGGGGCGCCAAGAGAGUGAGGCCCUAAGCUAUAGCUUGUUUAGCUCAUACGUAAAUCUGGCUCUGCUUAUGUGGGUUUUGUCUCUGCUGGACAUAGCAAGGGACUGCUAGAUUUGAAAACUCCCCCUUUUUAAAUUAUACCUCUAAAGGCAAUGUUUAUGUGGGUUUUCUUCUUCUCAUUCAACUCUCCAGGUGAUCUUGCACCCUGAAUUCCUUUCUUCAACGAGUCCCUUAUUGCCGAUGGACUAUGAAGAGUUUGUCAGAGGCUGCCAUCUUGGGGUAUUCCCAUCAUACUAUGAACCCUGGGGUUACACUCCCGGUAAGCAAAUGACAGACUCACUGGCUUUUAUUGUAAGUCGCUCUACGCGGGGCUGCCCUUGAAGCUGACCCAGAAACUCCAGCGGGUGCAGAAUGCAGCAGCAAGGCUCCUUACGGGGUCCUUGCCAUGGGAUCACAUUCAUCCAGUGCUUUACCAACUGCACUGACUCCCGGUGGAGUACAGAGUCAGGUUUAAGGUGCUGGUUUUGACCUUUAAAGCCCUAUGAGGCCUAGGACCCACGUACCUAUGGGACUGCGUCUCCUGGUAUGCCCCGCGGAGGACCUUAAGGUCCACAAAUGACAACACUUUGGAGGUCCCGAGCCUCAAGGAGGUUAGACUGGUUUCAACUAGGGCCAGGGCAUUUUCAGUACUGGCCCCGACAUGGUGGAACGCUCUGUCACAAGAGACUAGGGCCCUGCGGGACUUGACAUCUUUCCGCACAGCCUGCAAGACAGAGCUGUUCCGCCCGGCCUUUGCUUUGGACUCGGUCUGACCCUUAUGUUUCCCUCCCCUUAUGGUCUUGAUGUAUCGGCUAUUUUAAAAUGAGGCUGCAUUUUAAAUUGCAUUUUAACCUGUAUUUUAAAUUGUGUCCUGUCCCCCCCCCCUCUUUUUCCCCUAUUAUGUUUUUACUGUGAUUUUAUUGGUGUUAGCCGCCCUGAGCCCAGCUCUGGCCGGGGAGGGCGGGGUAUAAAUAAAUUUAUUAUUAUUAUUAUUACAGUUGGGGGGCGCACAGUUUCAAUGCAGCCUGCUUCUGGUGUGACCCUGCAAAGUUGCACAUCACUGUGGGAGUUAAACCUUCUUUGUCUUUUGGCAGCUGAGUGCACCGUCAUGGGGAUUCCCAGCGUGACCACAAAUCUCUCCGGAUUUGGCUGUUUCAUGCAGGAGCAUGUGGCCGACCCAGCUGCCUAUGGUAAGGACAUUGCAGCCAUGGAACAGAUUAUUAAUGUGCUAGGGGUUUUAGCCAGCACAGUGCAUUUUCCACAUGCAUUUUCCCAACUUUGAGAGAUUGGGUUGAUUUGGUUGCAGGCUUUUGCGCUGCAUUUUUGGUUAAUAUUUUGGUUAUAGACUAAAAGGAGAAUUCUCUGGAUGCCUAGAUCCAGGUUUGGGGCAAUCACUCUUUGGUGAGAGAGCCCUAGCAGAGAUCUAAAAUCACAAAACAUGUAGCAAAGUAAAUCACGGAAAUAUAGGCAGUUAGGCCUUUAAAAUAUCCCCUUCUAAGUCACAAUGGAACCUUGGCUUAUGUACCUUCCUCCUUAAGAAUGCUUUGGAUAAUGAGCUCCGCUAACCCAGAAGUAGGUCUCCUGGUAGCGAACUUUGCCCUAGGAUGCAAGCAGAAGUCAUGAGCCGGUGGCAUGGCAGCAGCGGGAGGCCCCAUUAGCAAAAGCGCAUCUCAUGUUAAGAACGGUUUUGGGUUAAGAACGGACCUCUGGAACGAAUUAAGUUUGUCACCAGAGGUACCCCUGUAUUUCCUAAGUUUCCCACUUAGCAUAGAAAAAGACCACAUCUUUGGUGAGUUAAAAAUGGUUUACUUACAAACUCUUCAAAGGCCAGAUUCAUGUGCUUUUCCAUAUUUCAGCAAGACAAGAUAGGCAGGGUGACUUAGUUUCAAAAAUGGUAAUUUUCUAAAUUAUUUGCAUGGAAACACAAAGAUGGCUUGCUGAAGCCACACGGUCUAAGCUUGGAGCCUCUAGCUCAGAUAUCCUUACUGGAAGGGUUCACAUGAUGGCAGGAUGGAGGAAAGUCAGAGAACAAAGAGUUUGGUAGUCCUUCCUCCCAAGGUUAGGGGAUGUGACUUAGCUAAGCCUGGCAGAACGACUUACUCUAUGGUCUUAACCCCUCCAUGCAUUAAUUAGAGGUUGGUUCUAUGAGGCUGGAUAUAUCCCACAUUUUGGACCUUCCAAAGUUCCUCUCCAGUGUAAAAAGAGAGUGGGAGAAGAGGAGAGUUCAGAUUGGCUAUACAAAGCACAAGCGUCUCCACUUGAUGAGGAACAGGAUUUUGCAAAGGUCAUUAUCAUGCAUAAUGACAGAUGCAACAGAAACCUUCAAAGGCCAAAGAGCACCUGCAAACUCUUUUCUUUCCAAACUGGGUUUGUCUCCUGCAGGUAUUUACAUUGUGGAUAGGAGAUUCCGCUCCCCAGAUGAGUCCUGUAACCAGCUGACGCAGUUCCUGUAUGGAUUCUGCCAGCAGUCACGUCGGCAAAGGAUCGUCCAGAGAAACCGAACGGAGAGGCUCUCGGACUUGCUGGACUGGCGAUAUCUAGGCAGGGUACGCUGAACGAUUGCAUGUGUAUCUCGCUCCCUGUUGCUUGAGAUCAGGGGUUGGCGACUUCGGCCUAGAAGCUGAAUGCAGCCUUCCGGGCCUCUCUUAUCUGGCCCUUAGGAUUCUCCACAGGCCACACUGCCAACCCUGGCCACACCUUUCAUCAGCUCUAACCUCUCCUCAGGUGGAUUUUGCCUUGCUGAAAUGUAUCCUUGAACUGCAAUGCCUGACUGGGAGAUGGAGGCAUGUGUCUGUGUAUUAAUCUCUGACUUCUGCUUGGCUGAAAUGUUUCCUAAUGUGCAAGGCAAGAGCAACAUCCAUUGCUAUGCCUGCUUUUAAUAAUAAUAAUUUAUUAUUUAUACCCCGCCCAUCUGGCUGGGUUUCCCCAGCCACUCUGGGCGGCUUCCAACAAAACACCAAAAUGUAUACAAUACAAUAUAAACAUUAAAAGCUUCCCUAAACCGGUCUGUCUUUAGAUGUCUUCUAAAAGUUUGGUAGUUAUUUUUCUCUUUGACAUCUGGUGGGAGGGCGUUCCUCAGGGCGGGCGCCACUAUCGAGAAGACCCUCUGCCUGGUUCCCUGUAACUUGGCUUCUCGCAGUGAGGUAACUGCCAGAAGGCCCUCAGAGCUGGACCUCAGUGUCCGGGCAGAACAAUGGAGGUGGAGACGCUCCUUCGGGUAUACUGGGCCGAGGCCAUUUAGGGCUUUAAAGGUCAGCACCAACACUUUGAACUGUGCUCGGAAACGUACUGGGAACCAGUGUAGGUCUUUCAAGACUGGUGUUAUUUUUCAUCUGGUCCUGCCCACCACUAGUGCGUGCGCACACCUGCCCUCAGAAGAUUGCUUAUAAGGGAACACAACCCUCAGGCUGAAAAAGAUUCCCAACUCCCACUUGGGAUUAUUUGCUAAGUAGCUUUUGGAUAUAUCAGUACGUGAUGAUCAAGGGUCUGGAAACCAAGCCUUAUGAGCAACGGUUGAGGGAGUUGGGUGUUUAGCCUGGAAAAGAGGAGACUGAAAGGAGAUGUGAUAGGCAUCUUCAAAUAUCUAAAGGCCCACCACAUGAAAGACAGAGCAAGCCCAUUUGUUCCUGCUCUGGAGGGUAGGACUCGAACCAAUGGCUUCAGGUUACAAGAGAGGAGAUUCCAACUAAACAUUAGGAAGAACUUUCUCAUGACACAAGCUGUUUGACAGUGGAAUGGACACCCCCCCGGAAGGUGGUGGACUCUCCUUCCUUGGAGGUUUCUAAGCAGAGGUUGGAUGGCCAUCUGUCAUGGAUGGUUUAGUUGAGAUUCCUGCAUUGCAGGAGGUUCGACUUGAUGACCCUUGGGGUCCCUUCCAACUCUACAAUUCCACGAUUCUGUGACUGACUGCGUGAAGUCAUGGUCAUAGAAGUCAUUGAGUUGUAACAAGGACACCAUGGUAAGGCAUGGACCUUCUCACACAGUUGUGAUCAUGAGAGGGUGAAUGCCUGGGCAGCUAAGUUACAUCUCUCUCUCUCUCUCUCUCUCUCUCUCUCUCUCUCUCUCCUUACAGUUUUAUAUGCAUGCUAGGCACCUGGCCCUUAGUCGGACAUUUCCUGAAAAAUUCGUGCUGGAACCAAAUGCUCCACCAAAGGUAACUCCUCCUACAUCCUAACGUAAAACCUUUAUUGGCAUCACAUACAACAUCCAAAACAAAUCAGUACAGAAUUACCAUUUCCCCAUUGGCACAAAACAUUUGCUAAAAGAAAGGAGGCAGAGCAGUCUAUCGUCAUAUCUCUAGGUCUCCAGGGAGAUCAGACGUCUGCAGUGUAUUUCGGCGACAAAAAACCAAAUAGAGAUAUUUAGCCACUAACUUGGUGAGCUCCUGAUCAUUCCCCAGUAACAGAAAAUGUAUGACCUCUGACUCUGGUUUCCAUUUGGGAAUACAGAGUUGUUCCAGAAAUUACUGGCAGAGAUCAGCAUAUAGUUUACAAUUGAAAACCAUAUGUGUAAGGGUUUCCACCAGGUGGUCUUCACAUGGGCAAGUUCUUUCUCCUUCCACCCUGCCUGAGAACCUUCCCCAAAAGAGGUUUGAUGGAUUUGAAUUAAACCUGGCCAGCGAGAAUGCCCUUUUUUCUUGAGGGCUAAACAGAAAUUCAAGGUAAUUAUGGUUACCGUAUUUUCCCCUCCAUAAGACGCACUUUUUCCCUCCUAAAAAGUAAGGGGAAAUGUGUGGGUGUCUUAUGGAGCGAAUGCAGGCGGGAGGCUCUGCUCAGCGCUCCCUUUAAAGAGCCGCGUGGAGUGUGUCCCUUCUCUCUCCUCGGGGAAAAGCCCCCAAGAACCGCACACACGCUCCACGUGGCUCUUUAAAGGGAGCGCGGCUCUUGCUGGCUUUUGCGGGAGGUGGGGGAAGGGACAGAGGGCAACCCCUCAGAACCUGGCAUGCAUACAGGCUCUGCUCAGCAUUCCCUUUAAAUAAUAUUUUUUCCCUUGCACUCCCCCUCUAAAAACUAGGUGUGUCUUAUGGUCAGGUGCCUCUUAUGGAGCGAAAAAUACGGUAGUUUCAUGUGCCCGAGAAAGUUGAAAAUAAAGAGGGGAACAUGUUUUCUCUGCUGCUACUGUUAGUUCUUGGCAUUCAAUAUCCCACAACCUAGUUUUUAUUAUAGCCUUGGCAGAUGGUAGGGACAUCAAUCGCAAAAGUUCCACUGACAGCCCGAGUUGCUGUACGUUCUUGUUAAACUGUUGUAGCCCUGGGGAAAGAAACUCUUCCUACAUGUUAUGCUUCAAGGGGAAUAAGUCGAACAUGACCACUAAACACGUCACCAUCGCUCUGAGAAACAGAUGUUUCAAUAAUAAUAAUAAUAAUAAUAAUUUUGUUAUUUAUACCCCGCCCAUCUGGCCGGGUUUCCCCAGCCACUCUGGGCGGCUUCCAACAGAAUACUAAAAUACAAUAGUCUACAAUAGUCUAUUACACAUUAAAAGCUUCCCUAAACAGGGCUGCCUUCAGAUGUCUUCUAAAAGUCUGGUGGUAGUUUUUCUCUUUGACAUCUGGUGGAAGGGCGUUCCACAGGGCAGGGGCCACCACCGAGAAGGCCCUCUGCCUGGUUCCCUGUAACUUCACUUCUCGCAGUGAGGGAACCGCCAGAAGGCCCUCGGAGCUGGACCUCAGUGUACAUUUUUAAAUUAAUGAAAAAUAUUUUGGGUGGCAUGGGGAGGAAGGACACGUUUUUACAUCAAGGGCCCUUCCUGCAUCGUAUUUAUCCCUCACUUCCAUUUCUCCUGCAGACUGAAGGAUUUCGGUACCCGCGCCCGUCAUCGGUGCCCCCCUCGCCCUCCGUCUCUCAGCACAACAGCCCCCACCAAAGCGACGAAGAGCUGGACGAGGAGGAUGAAAGAUAUGACGAGGACGAAGAGGCUGAGAGGGACAGGCAGAACAUAAAGGCCCCUUUCUCCCUCAGCGCUGUGCCGGAUGGGAAAAAGAAGCAGCACGGAGAAUAUAGGAACUGAUGCAGCUUGGUGGCAAAUGGUUACUGCCAAUCCUGCUUGUACACGUUACCUUAAAGUUGGGUAUGACCUGAUGUAAGGGAAGUGUGGAUGAUUCUGGUGGGAACUAGAUGUCUGAAAUACCUCGAAUCCCCUGCCCUCCUUCCUCCAUUAUAAAUAGUUCUGAUGGUGCAUCUCCCCCUUCCCUCGUUCUCUUCCCCCCUUUGGCAGUAGAAGAAAUAAUUUAGAAGUAUGUGUCAAAAACCAGGACUGUAUGCUGGCUUUUUUUAUAAUCCCUAACCCUAAUAUGGAUGCGGGUGGUGCUGUGGGUUAAACCACAGAGCCUAGGGCUUGCCAAUCAGAAGGUUGGUGGUUCGAAUCCCCGCCACGGGGUGAGCUCCCGUUGCUCGGUCCCUGCUCCUGCCCACCUAGCAGUUUGAAAGCACAUCAAAGUGCAAGUAUAUAAAUAGGUACUGCUCCGGCGGGAAGGUAAACGGCGUUUCUGUGCGCUGCUCUGGUUCGCCAGAAGCGGCUUAGUCAUGCUGGCCACAUGACCCGGAAGCUGUACGCCGGCUCCCUCGGCCAAUAAAGCGAGAUGAGUGCCGCAACCCCAGAGUCGGCCAUGACUGGACCUAAUGGUCAGGGGUCCCUUUACUCUUUACCUUUAACCCGAAUAUCUUGGCACUAAGAAGGAGGAUCAAAGUGCCACCUAUUGCCUGCAAAUUUGGCAGGGAAAGAACAGCUACUGUUCUUAGAGCUGCUACUCAGCCUGCUGCUAUUUUUAAAUUUGAUGUGAUGCAAGUAAAUCCGGUUUGUCUCCUUCAGCUGUGGAUACCGGGCCGGCCCUUUCAUUGGGCAAAGUGAAGCAGCAGUUGCUAGAGAGAAAGGGAUUAGGGGCAAAGCUUUGGCUAGAGCUGUGUGUCCCACAUGGCCUGGUCUGCUCCUUCCAAAUUUAUCUUUCUGUCUCAUUGAUGGGACAUUGAAGUAAGAUUUGACUGCUAGUCUGGCCAGGUCCUGUACAUGGAAUUUGGGGGAGCAGAAAACAUCUUGUUCUUUGCCUCCGUCAGCCAAAUGCCUUGGAAAGGCCAUUCACAGAUUAAAAACCCCAACCCUCCCCCAUUAGUCCAAAGCUGGUUCAAAUAUCUUUUUGAGCGCUAGUCCCUGUUAUCAGAGAAGACUUCAAGCAUUCCAGGGGGUUGGACUAGAUGGCCAUUGGGUACCCCUCUACAAUUCUACGGCUCAGAACUGAAGCACCCGAUCCCAAGAGAUGUUUAAGCAGAAACUUCCUUUCUUCUGCAUUUCCUAUAUGUCCUUUUCCGACAGCUUCUCCAUCUUAGAACCACGAUCUAGAAAUAUUUGAAGAAUCUCUCCCACAGCUAGAGAUCCGUAAACGGAAAUUUAUUUAAGCUAAAAUGUUUUGGUGGUGGUGGUGGGGAGUUGCUGCUUAUAAUCGUACUGCUUAUCCUGUAUUCCAAAGAACGAUCAUUUUCCGCCACCUUUAAAACAACCAGUCUAGAAUUACUUUGAAUAAUUUGCUGUCAACCAGCAGACCUCAAAACAUCUUAUUAUUCAGUGCUUGCAUACAGUUCCUGGCCAUAAUAUGUCGUCCGUCUGAACUUGUCCAGAUUCACAAUAAACCACAAACUAUUACUAC